GGAAAUUAAUUUUUCUUGAAUCAUGUGACCACUUUGACUCUCCAUACUCAUCUAUUUUACACCCGGAAAUCACGCGCUCUGUUUCUCAUUUGGAAACCUGAGCCGGCACGGUGGCGUGACUGAAAGGACGCCCGGCAGGUAAGUGGAGGGAUGAAUAUCUAAUGUGAAUGUAUGUUUGCGUUAGCUCAUAGAGCUCCACGUGUGGACCCUUGGUUGCGCUGUUUAGUGGAUAAUUAGCGACGCUGGCGUGGAGGGAAAUGUUUGCGUGUGUCGGUAUGUGUGUCUCCAUGCGCUGCCCGCAGACAGUGACGACGCCGCUCCGUCACAGCACCAGAAAUGGUGGUAAUAUUUCUUAUGUUAAAAUACUAGUAAAAUUUCCACAUUCAUUGACAAAAAUGGCUCAUGGGAUGGAAAACCUGUGACGACCGUUUUAGGAGGGGGAGGAUUUUGACCAUUCUCAUUUCAGGGGGGGAUGACAUUCCCCCUCAUCCCCCCUAAACUCGAAAACUGUUUAGAAUAUAACAAGCUUUGAUUUUUAUUACACCCCUUGGUCUUUACACAAUCCUUUUGAUGAAAAUAAGGCAUUAGGUGGACAAAAAAGACUGCUUUUAUUCAUUCUGCUGCUUUCAUGCUGCGAUUGCUGUUAAAAAUGUUGUUUGAAAUUUUUUUAUGUUGUCAUCUUUAUCACAGAUUUUCUUGAAAUGUUUUAAUAUUAUUUUGAGGAAAUAUCGCCCACCACCUCUACUACUCUAGCAUACAAAUGAGUAUUCAGUCUUUACCCAGCCUGUAUUUCCAAAUGCAGGUCUUAAACUGAAGUGAUUGAGUUGAAACUGAAGUGAUUGAGUUGAAGUGUUUGUGCCCUUGAGAUGAGACUUUUGUCAUACAAGGUAACAAAUUUGUGAGUAUGAAAAAAAUCCUCAGACUAUUUUCAAAUCCAAACUGUUGGUCAUGUAGCCUACAUACAGCUGAGUAAAACUGACCCCAUAGUUGACCUUUGACUUGUUAGAGCCAUUUGCAGACAUCAGCCUUUCUCUUCAUCUCUAUCGCUUUGUUCCUACGGCCUCUGCCUGCCUCUUCAAUCCACAUGCUAAAUGUGUCUGAAUUAACUGAUGUUAUAGCUAUCAAGGACCAUCUGCUGUUUGUGCUUGGAAGGCAGCACAACGGGGUAAUAAUAAGAACUUUUUUUUUGCUGAAACACAAUUAUCUGCUCAAUACAAAGCAGUUAAGCUUUAGGUGAAUAAGCCAAAACGACUAAAAGACCCUCAGAGCUGAGCAACAAUAACCAAAACAUUUAGUUACUGAGUGCAGUCAAAAUUUGUGAUGGUGGAAUUGAACUUUUUCUCUGAGUCACACAAACUGAAGUGUGUAGAGUGCCACAAAAAUACAAAUAUCUUACGUAAAGGAUCUGAUUAAAUAUUUCUACCCUUAUUUUAACCUCCAAAUAAAGAAGUUUUGAUAAUCUGGCCUCUUUUGGCUAAAUCUGCUCAACAGUAUUUCUGAUGUAUCCUCUUAGUCUCAGAGUUGCGCACUGAUCCAGACCAACAAGUUUUCAUGGACAGUGAAGCCAAAAUAUGCAGCAAAAAACAGGCUCCCCACAUUAAUCCACACACAUAACAUCCAUAAAUUUCUACAUGUUACUUCAAGACUGCAAAGGCUGCAUGCCCUUGCUCAAGUUGUCUGUGAUCCAUCUUACUGCAUUAGAGCAGAGUUUAAAUCCUUCUCCUUUCUCAGGUUAGCAACAUCAGCAUGAAUGAAACCUGUGAUGGGAUUCAGGCUUUUUUUAAGUGAUCCAGAUCAUUUGUUGCAGCAAGGACCGGCUCUUUCAGCCCCCAAAUGGCGCUCAGAGACACUUUUUACACCUACACCUAAUCCCCAUCCUAGUUCACAUAGUCUGCUGUCUACAAUUACAGUGCUGUGUUCCUGCAGUGAAGUCAAGUAAUGCAAAAAUAAUGUUGAAGAAAAAUAAAAGGGAAGUAAAAGGAUUUGGUUAUCAUUUUCCUAGUUAAUAGUUAAUACAAGAAGUAACCCAAAGAAUGAACAAUUGACAAGUAAAGGACCUGAGCAAUUAUACUGCAUACUGCAGUAUUGAGCAACCCUGAAUCACCACAGGGGGGAUUCCCUCACAGUGACAGCCCUCUGUAUGGAACAGAAACCAGUCUGCUUCUGUGCGUGCCAGACGGCUCUAUCAGUGCAACAUGUCAUUGCCCAUCCAGGCGGUAUUUGGCUUUACAUCUCACUUCAGGAGAGGAUGGAGGGGCAGUUUCCAUGUUAAUAUUCAGUGAAUGAUCUGGAUGUGUCACAUUACUGACAGCCACACUGACGCUGAAUGAACAUAAUCCAGCUAAUUACAUGGCUACCCACUAAAAAUGUUAGCAAAAUGAUGCAAAAUAUUGAUUAAAGAUGACUGUAUUUAUUGGAAAAUAAUUAAUUUAUAAGCUGAAACUAUAUUGUCUCCAAUUCCACUGUUGGUAAGAUUCUUAUCAGACAAAUUAACAUAAAACGAAACAUUUGAAUUUAUGGUCAACUGAAAACAUCAUUAUUCAAUGAAUAUAUUUUAUUAUUUCACAUUACACUGAACUGAAAAGAGCCUUUUAACACGGUCGAAAGAUAAUUAAGACAUGUCAGGAUAACCAGAAGUAUUGAUGGCUGAAAUUGUCCUUUAAGGAGAUGCAGCAGCAGAAGGCUUUUAUGAAUAAAUCAAACAUCCUCCGCUUCCACUGGCAAUCUCUCUCUCUCUCUCUCUUUCUCUCUCUUUCUCUCUGUCCCUUCCCUCACCUUCUUUCCCCCUGUUGUGGCUGGGAAGUAGCUAUCCGUAACUGUACUCGUAACAAAAACUGCACCAACCAUCGACACCCUCCGAGAAAAACAGGUUACUCCAUAUUGUUCAAUUUUUCUGCCAGCACCUGAGCUCCAUCUGUCCUGUCUACCGCUGCUCCAUUAUCACCCUGAUCUUCUUUUAUUCAAUUUAAUGUCACUAUUCCCACCUCCCCCUUUGUGUCCACUACAUCCUUUUCCUCUUAUCUUUCUCCUCAGUGACACUACAGUGUCUUAUUUCCACCCUCAGAUUUCGUGUCUCUUCACACUAUUUUGGCACCGGUAAGGACAAUGAUGCUACACCAGAUAACUCACACUGCUGCAGAGGUUAUAAAGGUGGAGGGAGCGUGCGGCUGUUGUUGAGUAAACAUGUGUGGUCUGCGGGACCUUCACUGUUGUAAGAGAAAAAGAAGAGAAAGAUACUUCAAAAGAGGGUUGGAUUCAUUAACUAAUGCAAGGAGUCAGCCGGGGAGAAAGGUUAGAGGGGGUUUCAGCUCUAUUGUCAGAUGCUGAGAGUUUGCCCGUAUGCUUGGAGCGAACUGCCUGCCAGCUCUGUCUGGGUGGGUUUUUUUCCUUUUAGUUCUCUUUAGAGGCAGAGGAGUCUGUGAUAAAGUUAGAAACCCAAACAAGUUAAUGAGAAGCAGGAUAUAAUGAGCUGAUUGCAUGAUUAGAGGCGUAAUUCUUCUGUUUUUCGAAAAAAGCCCCCGCAGCUAUUUCCUAUUUUUAUAUCUUUUUGGGAUCUCUGAGAGCAGCAGUAAUAUGAAGUGUACGCAACUUCACAGAGGUCACUCUCUGCGCUCAGGUUUUGCCAACCAAAUGGGAAAAUAGGCGUGAAUACCCCCCCUCCCUCUUCCAUCUAUGCUUCACUUUGAUUGUUGAAAAGGCCGACAGGAAACUAACCAGCCGUGCUGUCCGGAGGGGCCGAGCCAGGUAAAGGUAAUUGCUUAGCAAGAGAAUGAAACAGGAGAUAGGAUCAGGAGGAAAAGGAGAGAGGUGACAGCCUAUAAUUGGAAACAGAAAGAAAGAGGGUGAGAAAAGAGGAUCAGAAAGAGAGGAGGUUCGAUGGAGGGACGCAGAUACACCUCAUGCAAACCUGCUGUCAUGAGCCACAUGCACCCUGCCACAACGUGACAUGACACAUGGCCACACAUGUCAUGUUACACAUAGCGGUGCAGCGUGGGUAAGCAGAGCUAUACAUGUCUCCGUGCAAAAACAGGUCCUGGCUUCUGAAUUGCAGCAGCAGCCACAACAAGUUUUGAAUCCUUUCAGAUUUUAUCGUUGCACAAUUUAUGGCUUCACACUUUGUGCAGAACAAACCACUCAGAGUAAAUGUAAUGAGCGGUGUUACAGCCUGGAAAACAAGUGUUGAUGUAAGUGUGAUGUAAUUGUUUAAUUUGCCCGGUGAUGUUGGACAUUACAUCAGUGGAGGUUUCAUUUACGAGCGUCAUGAUGACAGCUUAUGAAAGCCGUUAUAAAAUGUCUCUAGUAGUUUUAAAAUCAUGUAGUAACAGGAUGUGGACGGUGGGAAAGCAUGACUAUGAGCCCGCGCACACGCACACAAAUACACACACACACGGUCUCUCCUUAUCGUCCUCUUUUCUUUGCUGCAAGUGUCCGAGGGCAAGUAGGGAGACUUGUCAAGAUGCGUAGACAUCAACCAUGAACCAGCCCCUGUUGCGUUUCAAAUGUUUCGAAGCUCUAUUUGUAAAACCAUAGCAACCACUAAAGGAAAAACGUAUGUGAUGUUAUGUGUGCACAAGUGGACUUACCCGGGACUUAAGCGUGCUCCCUGAUGCCUCCUCAUCUGUCCAGCUGUGUGUGUAUUCGGUUUUUCUUUUCCUCUUGGCCAACAAGUUGCACACAGCGCUCCACACGUGCCAACCUUCCGCUCCUCAGCUAUCCCUCAGUCUGUCUCCGUCUCUCUCUCUCUCUCUCUCUCUCUCUCUCUCUCUCAGUCCCGGGCAUCAGCUGCUGAGCCAAACCUGCCACUCAUCCCCCUUCUUCUUCUUCUUCUCUCGCCCUCCCUUUCUCCUGCCGACAGGCUCGUGGGUACACACCUCCUUUCACUCUUUCUUGUUGAUUGCCCCCUUUCAAAAAAUUAUCCCGGCAUUCACAGGAGGAGGGGGGCUGCUGAGAUUUUCCCUCUCCCGAAGAUGGAGCUCCUCAGCGGGUCAGGGUGCCCUCCAUCUCCCCCCCUGGCAUGGAUGUGGGAUUAGAGGACAGGAGAGAGAGGACGGGGAAGGAACGUGCUGCUGUUGUUGUAGCUGUUGCCUCUGCCUGCUUCAGAGUGAGCGCCUUGCUCUUGCUUGGCAUGCUUUUCAACUCUCUCUCUCUCCCUCUCUCUCUCUCCCUCUGCUCACUCUCUUUAUCUCUCCCCCUCCCGUUCCCUUCUCAGUCACUGUCUAUCUGCUGCUGCUCCAGCUGUUUGGAUUCACAAUUUGGUGUGCUGCAGGGUGUACGGCUCAGGGAGUCACUAUAAACAGACACGCAGGAGGAAUAACGAAAAGAAGAGUGAGACGGAGGAGAUAUUUAGUGAGCAGAAAUAAGCAGCUGAGAGGACGAUAAAUGGAUUUUGUUCCUGGAGGAGGGGACAAAUAUGACGAUCAUUCAAACGCAUUAUUUAAUAAAAUACAUAACACUUAUGUGACCGCAUCAGAUCAUAUUAAAUCUGCCUCUGAGGAGGGUAGGUGUCUCACUUAUUUGUGGUUUACCUGAAAUCACUGGGCCAUGAUCAUAUUUCUAACAUCAGCAGGCACAAUAUUUGCCAUGUUAACAGUUACAGAUGCAGCGGAUGGAUUUUUGACAGCCAGUGGCUUGUCAAUAAUUGAAACAAUCGACUUGAAACAGGCCAUUGAAAAACCGUCUUGGCUGUAAACAUAACCUGUGUUCAUGUAUGAUGGAUGAUUCUGUUUUAAUCUGUAGUGUGGCGGCAGAGGAGUUUGUACCACUGUUUUAGAGGAAAAAGAGGAAAGAGAAACAGAGAGGAGGAGAGAAGAAGAUGAAGUAUUCUCGGGGACUGUGGAUGAGGUAAGAAUCACACUGAUAAUCUUAGGAACUUGAGCUUUUUUACCCAGCAUCUAAUUUCGGGCUGACUGGAGCAUGGAAAUGGGGAAACUUUUCUUUCUUCCAAAUCUUUCAUGCAGUGGAUGUCGUUUCCUCUGAUCCUGAUGUUUAAGAAAGUCAAACAUUCAGAACAGCAGUAAGUGUUGUUAUACUUAAAGCCCGCUUGGCUUAUCAAAGAUCAGCGAGGAUUUGGAUUUUGGAAGAACAGAAGCUUUGCUCUGUGACUUGAAUCAAAUGACAAGACACGAGUCAGAAAUUAGGUCUUUAAGACUCCGGGAUAAAAAAAGGAUGAGUUAAAAGAAUGCGCUUCUAGGAGCGAUUCAAAGAGAGAGAAAGAGAGCUCGUGUGAUUUACUUCAUUGGGUUGUUCUCGGUUGUUGAGGCCUGGGAACUUUUACACUUGGGCUCAUUCGGGAAUUGCACAUCAAAAAAUGAAGCCUAAUCCCAUAGGUGAUCAUUAAAAUCAUAAAGAUCCACUCACAGGAACAGACUACCAGUGCAGAAAUGCUGCGGAGUCGUGAGCCAAAUGGCACAAAAUGUUCCUGAUGUAGUGUCAUAGAUAUAGUACACAGGAAAGGGAUUUAGAUUCCAAAAAUGGCUCUUUGAGAUUGUCAUUCUUCCUGUAGGUUUGCUCUGUUAAUCACCUCCCCCCAUUUCGCCUGAAGCACGCAGAGAGACGGAGCGUAUGAAAGAGAGCGAGAGAAAAUAGACAUUUUUAUUGUUCGGUCCUGUUGCCUUGUCAGGGUAAAUCAGAUCACAGUCUGCUGAGGUUCACACACUCAUACACACACAGAAACACUCUCCUAGCCUGACUGACUGCCCUGGGGUCAGUUAACAGCUCAUCGCAGGAAAGGAAAAGUCUGGCCUGUGACCCUUGGGCCAAGGGUCGGCCCAUGUCAUGAUGCCUGGUGGAGUCCAAGUCCAGCAAACACCUUCUACUGCAAGCUCAGGGCCAAUCAACCCACCGCCAUCACCAUCAUAAUCGCAUAUUAUGUCACGUUUGGAGAUAAUGCAAAACAUAUCCUGGAACAUAUGUCCAGUGUAAUCAAUGCAGGUCAUUUUAUGCUUUAUUUCCAUGGUAGGAGACGAUCUUCAUUGUGGCUGGCACAGUUUUCCACGAAAUAUUUAUGCGCCCUGUAUUUUAAAAACUUUCUUUAAAGCCAGGACAGCAAGACACAACCAGCUAGAUAACACAUUGGGAGUAGUCAUAAGGAGUAGUUAGCCAGUGGAAUAAAAGUAGCCAACAAAGAGAAUAAAGGAUCUACUCCCCAAAUUUAGCAGUAAAUGCUCGAAUUUGAUGUCUCUGGGCUCAUUUAAGAACCACGAUUUUAUCAUAUACACUAAUAAUAUUAGUUUUGUUUUUUGUACUGGUAUGACGCUGCGCUCCAGUUACCUUGGAGGUCGGAGCUGGGAAGAACGUUACACCCAAGUUGACGGCGUUUCAGUUAACAAGUCAGAAAACCAAGAUGGACGCCUGCAGUUAGCCGUUGUCAACUGUUGUUUACAAUUGUCAGCUGUCGUUAGCUGUUGUCAGUUGUUGUUAGUUUUACCAGUUGUAAACAACGCAUACACAGUAUGUUACUCUUACAAACACCAUAGCACCGUGUUCACAGUUAGACGUUGGGCAGUACAACAUAAACCACUAAUUUAAUUUCACAAAAACAAAACAGAAGUGCUAAUAAAUAAUACAUUAUGAGAGCUUUCACUGUUACUCUUUACUGUUGAUGCACUGUGCUGCCAUCUUAGAUUAUGACGUCGUCGUCGUCAAGUCAGGGUUGGUGAGGAUCGUUCAACUUUCCGAGUCGGAAAUCAGACUUCAGGGGUGCGUUCCAGAUGAAUUCGGAAUUGGAGCUCGGAAAUUCGGACUUUCAAGUACAAUUGGAAUGCAGCAUUAGUAGUAGUAGUAGUAGCACUAGCAGUCAUAUUGCUAUUAUCAAAUAUUUCAGUGACUUAACCAUCCAAAUUAAAAUUACAAACAGUUAAUAAAUUUUUGCUACGAGGAAUCAGGCCUUAAGUCUGCCCAACCUCUAGUCUGUCACAAUAAGUCUGGGCUGCCAAAGAGAAACAUGUGGGCAGGGGGUUACAGAAUUUGAAGAGUCUAGCAGUACUGAAUGAACAGAAAGGCGUAAGCAGAUAUUGAAAAAUUAUGAAUACCUUUUGCAUGAAUUUUACAUUCCAGCAAGAUUUGAUCUCUUUGUUAACAGUGACAGACAGAGCAACAGCUGUCUCAUAUCAUUGACCCUCUGCAAUGUUAGAAGGGUGUUGUUGAUCUGCUGUGUUAUUAUUUGGAGGAGAGACAAUUUAGGUUGAAGUCAGUUUGUAGAGAAGCUGUCGGUUUCAACAACUUGCACUUUAUGCUGCUAUCAAACAAAUAUCACAGUGGUAGUCUGCAGGACACAGCUUACACGAUUGUCUUAUAUUGAUUACUGUAGUAUCAUGGUGUCAUCAUUAUCGUGGGCCAAUUCAUGCAUCACCCUAUACUGUGAAUGAAGAGGCAAAUCCCACUCCGAUCCUUAUUUUUACAUAAACAGGAGAGUCCACUUCUUACAAUGUACCAACACAGGCUAUUUGUUCAUGUUACAGUUAAACCCUAUGGCUAUGUCCUUUAUAAAAAGUCACAGGCCCAUCUGUCACCCCUAUACUGACACCACCUACUACACUAUCAGAGAACAUAAAAUUUAGAACAGGCUGCAAAUAAAUUAAUGUAGAGCGAAUAUACCAGAUAUGAAAAGUAGAACGUUCAUCUAUUCAGUUUUAUGUUGUCCUAUAUAUAUAUAUUUUUAAUACGAGAGGGAAAACCAGUGGUAUUAACUCUAUCAUGAAGGUCUCUUUAGCCCUAUAUGCCUCUAGGUUGCUCCCUGUCAAAGGAAAUCAAUACACAAGAAGGAAAUGAUCAAUGUCUACUUCUCAUCGAACAGAUCAAAACAUAUGUGACUUUAGAGAUAACAGAUAAGAUAAACCUUUAUCCUAAGGUGGGGAAAUUUGCAUUAUUAGCAGCAGUAAAUGAUCAGCAUCAGACUUGUAGCCUAAGUAUUUAUGCAAAAAGUCCCAUAAUUAUCAAACUUUGGCUUUACUUAUAGACAGACUCUGUAUUUAUUCUGAGACAUUCUGUUUUCCUCACCAUAGAGAACUUCAAACACAAAAAUCCUGCGGUCGUUGAAUCCAGUCUUACAGAGCAGAAACAGAGUCAUAAUGUUCUGGAUGCUACUGAGCUGUAUACUGACCUCGUGCAGCACCAUGGUGACUGACAGCCAACGAAACAGAGGUAAACAAGCCAAAAAACAAUUAGCAUUUAAAAACGUAAUUAGGCCUCAGGAAAAGUCAACUUAGGUCAGUUUAGCGACGUGUUUUAACUUUUCAGGAAGGGGAAACAUUUUCAUUUCUUACCUGCAACUGGACGUGGCUGACGGUUACUCAGUCUCGGUUCUUCGACAUGAAUGAGACGUCCGAAAUAAGAGGCAUCUGCAGGCAUGAUUAAUCGAGAAAGAAAACACAGCUGACUUUCACGUGGGGCCUCUUGUUGACCUGAAGAAGUAUGUACCUUUUUAGCCAGAUUAUCCACUCCUUCAGCUCCUGCACUAAACUAGAGUAUCUUGACUAAGACAGGAGACAAGUCAAACCUCCCAAAGUGGGUCACCUAAGGUAAAGUCAAGAAGCAUAAACUCUAAUGUAAUUAGUUAAUAUGAAUGUUUUACUUCAUACUCUACUUACUCCCUUACACUGCCCCAGACCAAUGACCCAGUUCUAGGAAGUUGUGCUUAUGCUGAUAAAGUUUGAUGCUCUAAUUUAGUAGCUUCAGGACUGACUACAUGCCAUAUUUGUGCAAUAUCCAAUUUUCCAAAAGGAUCAGUUACACUGGGUUACACUCACAGGCAGACAAACAGAGCACUGGAACAACUUAAGGGCACACAGUCACAUUUUUGUCAAUUAGAGAAGUUUAAUCUGUAGAUAAGCCCACUACAGCACUCACUAGCGAGACCCAGUCACAUUAGAGUUGCUCUUAUCUGAUGUCUGUUAAACGAUUAUACUUAAAAAGAGUUCAGAAUAUUAGGAGAGGACUUUCCUCUAUUUCUGUGUGUGGGCAUCAUAGUAGGUGAUUGCUUUUAUAGACAUUUAAGACGGUAAACUGGUGUUUUUUUUCCUCCAAUAUUUGUAACCAGGGACAUUUUUUUCCACAUUUCAGGAUGAAGAAAUUAUUAAUGACAGAAACACUAGAGGGACGGAUGGUGUUUUCUCACUGCUGUUUACUUAAUGAACAACACUUCCAGACAACAAAUGAUUAAUUCGGGCUUCAUGGAACAACAACAAUUUAUCACAAUUAAAGAGUAUUUUUUACCAGCUCUGAGCAUUAAUGUAUUCAGACUGCGGCAUUUGUGAAUUCCAACAAAUAGUUCUGGAUCAGACUCAAAGUUGGCAGUGAGAACUUCAAAUCUGGUUUCAUGACUUGACCUCAAACAAAGAGAAAUAAAUGCAUGUAACUGCAUACAUAAUAUAUCUGCAGAGCUGGUGCAGAGCUUCAGGAUAAAAGCUUUCGACUUUAGAGUUGGAUACCACUGAUAUUCACACAUGGCAGCCAAGUGACAGUCUCUUUUCUUUAGGGAGGACUUUCAUUUGCAGUGACAUUUAGGACAGAACAGGAUGACAUUUGAGUUGUGAGUGUGUGUGGGACGAGGGUCAGACAUAAAUGUAUUCGAUGGCUUUAAUGUAAUUCUGUGGAAAACCUGCUGCUACAUGUUAUGUAAGAAUCAGUGCAGAAAAAAGCAUAAGAGUUGCAUCAUAAAUCCAAUUUAUGUAUUUCAGAGUCAAGAACAAGAAGAUAUUAGUGACAAUUAGACCUGCCGGGUCUAUUUUCAUUGUCGUCAAACCCAAACAGGAUUUUAUUUCAGUCAUGGGAAUGACUCAUGCUCACACUUUCCUUUCCCUGUCACCUUGUGCUGAAGUACCUUCUAAAGUUAUGCAAAUAAAUUCUGCAUUAUGAGCCCAAUUUCUCAGACAUAAAACAGGAAAUUUGAUUUAACAUGAAUACAUUAUUAAUGUCUUUCUUUAUUCUAGCCCACAGGCUGCCUGUCAGCUGCUGUAUCAUGAAACUAAUCACAGCCUUGUUCAGUGUUGUUGUGUUUGGCAACUUCUCUGCAUUUCAUCGUGUUGGAAACAGCAGACGGUGAAGAGCCAAGUGGAAUUACAUGUGAGUGUGCUCACACUCACAAAAAUACCUCACGCUUCUCACAUGACCUGAGCUAUUUCUCAUCAAGUAACUCAAUACUGUGGAUGUGGCAUCCAGGGACUCUAAAACAUAAAACUGUUAAGGGUUUGAGUGGUUUCUAAUUUAGAAAAGGCUCAGGUUUUAAAGGCCGACAUCAACAUGAAUCUCAGUUUUUACAGGUUGUUCAGAGAGUCCUGUCCAACUCAUAGCAGGUAACUCAUUCAACAGUUUUUGUUCAGUAUUAAAAUAUAUCCCAAAAUUCAUCUGAAACCUCAAUAUGGGGACAAAAUAAGGAGUCAUAAACUGUCAGUAUGGAUACAUGUUUGAAAACUGAUUUAUUGCCUUAGUCUGAAUGAAACUAGACUGUUUAAAAACACGUUAACACAUUAGUCAUUUGUCAAACCUGGAUAUCACGGUUUACACAAACAAUACAGAGCUGUUCAAGUGACUGUAUGCUCAUCGUUCAAUGUAUAUCCUGUACGUGUCUACGCUAACUUGAUUUGCCUUCUCUUUGGAUCCCUAAUGUCAACCAAGAGGUGACCCGAAUGUCGGUCAGGGUACCAGAAAUGAAAUGAUCGUUUUUGUUGACUGUCAUUUUUGGUUUAAUACCUGAAACAGAAGAACCAGUUCACCAUCUGAAUCAAAUCAACCAAAAUCAAAUGACUUUUGGCUCCUUUCUCCUUUUUGGUCUUUCCUUUUCUCCUUUUAAUGUUUUAUAUUGAAAAUUGAAAAGGUCUUGUUCAUUUUUGUUUUAUGGUUUCAAACCAAAAAUGAAGUCACAAUGUCUCCUCCGUAUCUCUAGAGCACCUAUCCAAUUUUUUCUGAUCAAAUCCGUUACUGAUAUCUGGGCUGAGCGUAUCGGCCAAUAUCCAAUACCGAUCCAAUACUACUGUUGAAUGAACUGUAUAGCUUGCCCUCUGAGUGAAGACAUCAAGCUUGACAUUAGCCUUGUUAAAAAAAAAGGUAACAAAUUAACACAGAUAUAAAUUUACUUCAUAUUAUUUAUUAACAAAUAACAAAUUGCACAUUAGCACACAGCAAAAAGAAGUAAGACGUCCUUGUUUUAAAAGAAAAAUUAAUUUUAAAAAAGGCUGGAUCAGCGUCAUCCAUCCAAAAUCCAAUCCAGUUAAUCUGUCAAUAUCGGAGCCGAUAUCCGAUCCAAAUUCAGAUUAUGGAUUGCUUUAUAUUCCUUUUGUUAUUUCAGAUUUUGGCCAAACAGUGAAAUGGUGGUGAGACAGCAGGCGGAAGUGAUGAGUUACAAUUUUCAGAAUGAAAGCCAAUAGGAUCAUAAAAUUCUCCCGGCAACAACAGUAACAAGGUACCCUGAGCCAUGUUGCCACCCAUCAUAAGAGAGGCAGACAUGCUUCUGUCAGUCAUUUUCAAAGGGAGAGUGAGAGAGGUCAGGCAAGGGCAAAACUCCAAACGAGAACAGACUGGGUCAAAAUCGAAAAGACAGAAACAAGGCCGGAGAGCUUUAUCGACAGACAAGGACAAUCUAGCAGAGACAGGUGAGUGUGGGGGAGCUAAUCAGGUAAGGGAGAGCAGGUGAGAGAAAGGGGAGGGCAAUGAGCUGAUCCUGCUGGCAGACAGGUGGGAGUGGUCGGGUCCGAGAUGACACGAGAGUAAGAUCUUUUUUAAAGCACACAAACACACAGUAAUGAUUGAGGACAGAAAAUAUUAAUCGAAACCAUGACAAGUACAAACUGAGACUUGUGUACCACGUAGAGAAAAAUCUUGUGUGUGGAGAGAAAGACUCUCCAUCUCUGACUGUAAUAAAGUGGCCGCCCUGUAGCUCAGCCUGCAGUCUCAGAAUGAACAACUUAUUCACUGCUCCUCUACCUGCACCGGCCUCGACAUGUCAGGUAAUAACUUUGUUUUCAGCACAGCCCCCAACAAAAUGGAUUUACCAUAAAAAAAGAGAAAGAACUUUUUGUCCUCUCUUGCUCCCCUCCUCCUUCUCCCUCACUCUGUGUUUUUCUCCCUCCUCUCUGCUCCCAUUUGACUCAGAGAGACAGAUCACCGAUGACACAUUCAUUAGCAGUGAUAUUAGAGAAGAGAGUAAAAGCAGUUAGCGCUGAUGCUAACUAUGUUGGCAAUGCAACAUCGUUAUCUCUCCCUCUGUGUGUCGGUGUGUGCGUAACUGUGUGUGAGUGUGUAAGAGAGAGAGAGAGACAGGGAAAGAGAGAGAGAGAGAGUGCGACCGAGAGUCUUAUCAGUGGAAACAGACCUGGACGUGAGCAGGGUGGUGAGCAGUAGGAGGAUGAGAAGGGGAGAGGAGGAUGGGGUGAGGAAAAGCAACAGUGAAAUUGAAGUAUAAGGAAAGAAACAGGAGACAGGGAGCUGGCACAGACAGGGAUGAUAGACAAAUGGAGGAUAUCAGAAGAUAUAAUGCGUUGUGAACGAGGAGAGAGUGAGAUAAAAGACAGAAAAAGGGGCCGAGGGGUGGGAGGGAAACGAGCUGCAGAUGGGACGUGAUGGGGGUGGAAAGUAAGAGCAAAGGGAGGGACCGGGAAGAAGAUGACGAAAGGAGCUGGGUGAAAGAAAUGAUACCCAGAAGGUGAUAGGGAUGACUGGGCAGGUGAGGGGGAAAUGGGCUUCAGAAAUGAGCUUUUUGAUGGACUGGCCUUCCGAGCAGGUGCCUCCGGGAUGAUGAGAUGCCACUGAUCACUCAGUAUUGAGCAUAUUUGCGAUUUUUGUUCAAGUCAGCUAAAAAUCCUUCAAACCAGGUUGCCAAAGAUCACAUUGGCUUUGAAAUAAUAUUAUAUUCAAAUAACUCACUGCGGAGAACAAGACUCUCACCAUAGGUACAUCACUUUCCAUAAAAUACAGUUAGAAAUGUUCGAGCGCUCCCCUGGCAAACACAAAAAUGAUUUCAGAUUGAAACAGCCUGAAGGUUGAAACAUACUCCAGAGUCUGCAUUUCAGAAAACACAGUGUUCAGACAAGAGUUUGGCUCUUAACAAUAAUGGUUGAAGCACACACACACACACACACACACACACACACAAACACACACACACACACACACACACACACACACACACACACACACACACACACACACACACACAUCAGUCUUGCCUUGGGGAGUGCAAAUCUGUUGCUAUGUUUUCUACACUGUAAUCAAUGUGAUCCUUGUUUUAAAAGGACGUUUAUACUAUCUUAAUGAAACAUUAACACUCAACAAUAAACAGUAUUAAGUACAUGGAAUAAAUGAAAACCUGCAGAUAAGAGAUAAGAUAUUUGAUGUUGGGAGUGCUUUGUAUCUGUGUAAUUGUCUGCCAUCAUUUCAGCCGCCUUGGGUUAUAUGAAGGGAAACAGUAAAGCCAUCAACACAAAGAAAACAUAAUGUUCAACCAUAAACUAAUUAAAACUUGGAUAAAGUCUGAGCGAUGUCCCCCACUGGUCUCUAAAGAAAGGUUCAGGCGCUGAAUGGUGAUACUGCUGUAUUGCAGAUGCUGACUCAACCUAACAUAAGGUGAAGAAAGAUGUAGGUUAGGAGGUGGAAAUGAGGAGGACCUGGAAAACCCCACAAUGCACCACCUGUAAGUGACAUAAGCUAGGCCUUUUAUUAUGAUAAUCAUGCAAGACUUGAAGCCCUAAUGGUUGAAAAACAGAUAAGUUAUGAUAAAAUUCACCCUCUACAAUGUUCGAUAACUUGGUAUCAAAACUCUGUGAUAGCCCAUACCUGAGCCCCUUUAGCUGUUUGAAAGCUCCAAUAAGGAAUUUUAAAUAUUAGCAACAACAUCAAAAAUGUUUAUAUCCUAGUUUUUUAAUACCUGAAACUGGUGUCCUGCCAAGCAGUUAAAGAAACAGCCCUGUUUUUAUGAUUCCCUCGUAAAGUGUUCAUGAGGAAUAGUACAGUUGACCUUCAAAAAUAUAUUUUUUUAAAGAUCAUGAUUCAAGCAAGUCAAGAACAAGAUAAGCAAGGACUUCUCUGUAUUCAGAAUUCAAAUGCUGUGUUUUGCAGAGGGUUUUAACCUUGUCAUAAGGGCACAACGUGGAUCCACAUGCAAUUUAGAGGUGGGAGAAAAAAUCAAUACAGCAUCGUAUUGCGAUAUUUUGUCUAAUGAUGUAUCAUAUCGUCUCAAUAACCAAGUAAGUAUAUAAGUAAGUAUUAAACAACUAAGUAUCAAUUUUUCAAAUAAAUUGCUAAAACAAAGUCAAAUCUAUGAUAAUGGAAAACUCAAAUCAACUGUUUGUCCAGUGAGGUUGGCAGAGAUGACAUCAUAGAGCAGGAGAAAGUUAGUAGAACAAAUAUAUAUAAGGUUUGUGAGAUGUGCUACAUGAAAAUAAAAUACAACAUAAAUAAGACAAACAAAGGAACGCCAAAUGCUAAAUUAGCUGAACAGUUGAAAAAAAUUGUAUAAAUCUCAAUAUAUUGUAUCACAAUACUCACUGUACCUCAAAAUGUUAAAAAUCACAAUAUUAUCGUAUCAUGGCCCAAGUAUCGUGAUAAUAUUGUAUUGUGGGGCCACUAGGGAUUCCCACCCCUAAUGCAGAUAUUAUAAGGCGUACUACUCCUUUACUUCCACAGUAACAACUGUAAUUCCAACCUGCAGCCAUGAGGAGCAAAAACUUUCAGAAGUGGGCGUGCAUGAAUCUUGAGCGUGGCACAGAUGCACUGAGUGUUUUCCUCAGUGAGAGAGAAAAAGGGCAUUAUCAGCGUUUUGCCCUACAAACAGUCUGCACAGCACAGCGCCCUGAAGGCGCUACAAACAUUGCCUCACUCAGAAGCUAAAGCAGAGUGUGUGAAGUCAGACAGGAAGUCACAACAAAAGCUUAGACAUGAAAGACAGGUGAGAAUAGAAGAGAUGAAAAGAAGAGAGUCCAAAAAUGUAACAAAAGAAAGUGGGGCAGAGAUGGGGGGGAAUACAGUAUAUUCUAGAGGAGACUGGUAGCAGAGUAGAAAAAGAGAUUAAGAUUAAUCAUAUCUGGGGGGAAGGACAGAUAGAUAGAAAAAUGAUAGAGAAAGAGUGUGUGUGGAUGAGUGUGAGGAAUGGAAACAACCCUGCAGAGUGGAGAAGGAUGGAGUGAGUACGGGAAUUAAGAGAUAUGGAGAUAUGACAGGAGAGGCCUUGCAAAAAUCAAUACAGAUAUGACUGGAGAGGGAUAAAGUGGACUGAGGGAGAAUUGGAGCAGGAGAGGGGGGCGACUGUGAGGCCCGAAAUAAGGGCUGAGGGAAAGAGAGCAAGAGAGUGAUAAGUGGAGGGAGAAAAGGGGGGAGAGAACGGGGGAGAGAGAAGGAGGGUGUAAAGAAUAUAAGAGAGAGGAAGAUGGUGUUAGAGGAGCUGUUGUUUGUCCUCAGGCUGCUCUCUUCGAGGAAGGACAAGGAUGUGGGGGUGGUUAGCAACAUUUACUGACACAAACUGUGAGCAUGUGCGUGUGUUCACUUUUCACAGCAACCAGCCACCAAUAACAUUAUAUAAGAAUGAUCAAAACAGAAGAAACCAUGGCAACUGUAAUCCUACAGACACCGGCUUCACAUAAGGGAGAGUACACUAUGUUAGCUGUCACCGUGCAACUACAGAUGCUGAGGAUCUUUUCAUAUAUAGAAAAAAUAGGGCCCCAUAAAAGGCCUGAUGUUAUUCUUUUUUUUAAGCAAGAGGAGAGAAGAACUCUCAGCCUAGCAGGGAAGAGAUGUUUUUGUUAUCAUGCCUCUGCAGAUCAUGGAGCUCUUAGUCUGAAAAUUCCUGACAGGAGCCCAGACAGUGACGGGCAUAGCUUCUGGGAGAUGAGUGUAUUUCAGGCCUGUAACAGAGGCAUGAUAGACAGAAGAUGAGGGCAUCUGGGUCACCAUCCCAAAUGACUCCCUCGCUUCCAGAAAGUCAGGCACGAGCCUCCGAUGGCUGUCUGGAUCCCCGGCUUAGGGGAGGAUGAGGGGGAUGAAUGAGGUAGCUGUGGAGAAUGCAGUUUCUCUAUAACCACAGCUUAAAAGCUCAUUUACAUCUGUUUCACCCUCACUCACAGCUAAACUGGGCAUCCAAUGGCCUAAAUACCAGUUAGCCCACCUGUCUUUACUCUUUGAUAACACAGACUGUGAGACUCUCAGACUGGAACCUCGGAUCUGUUUGUCCUGAGCAGAGGCUGCAGGGAGACAGAAAUCACAGCAUGUUCUGUCUAAAGCUACUGAAAGAGCAGCGUACAAGAAAUAAGUGCUCUUAGCAGUACAGGUGUAUGGAUGAAAGUAUUAGAACAUUUUUAUUAUGAUUUCAGAACAUCAGUACUUUUCAUGGCAGAGUGUCUAUGUCCCUACUAACUAAAAAUACUAUGGGCCCGAUCUACUAAAGGUUUACGAGUGCAAAAACGCAUGCACAUACUAACCGGGUGCACCAAGGAUUGUGUUGGUCAAAUAAGCAAAACAGUACACACAAUCAAUUUAGUGUGUUUGCCUUCAUGCAUAUGCAGAAUGUAUGUAGAUCAUCAGAACAUGCAAAAUACUGGGAGAAGCAGAUGCAAAUAGAAUCAUUUAGCACCCGCAAUGUGAUUUAUCAAACCUGGAAACCAAUUGCGGUGGCUGUUUUGCGUCUAUAUUUAGCACGUUUGAAAGGCAUGUGCAAACUGGCACAGCGUUACGCACAAAUCUGCAGCCAGUUCUAUCUGCGAAGUAGAAGGCAAAAGUGCAAAAGCGUUUUUCUAGUAAAUGUCAGUUAUGACAAAUAUUUAGGUCAAACACGAAACAUGCACAAAAAUUUCUCUCUUUCUUAUUCAUUUGAAAUUUUUUGAAUCUCUCUUUAUUUCAUUUCAAAUAUAUUUUCUUGCAUCUGUAAAGCACUUUGAAUUGCCUUGUGUAUAAAUGGUGCGAUACAAAUAAACUUCCCUUGCCUUUUAUGCAGUUGCUGGCUUCCCCAAAACAAUAGGUGCAACUCCAUGGCUUUAAACUUAAUUUUUCAUCUACGAUCACUCUGCUCUCACAAACUCUCCAUGGUGAUGCCGAUAGCGGAUCCUUGUUUAAAGAGGGCGGUGCGUACCACUUUUGCUCCUGUUAUCAAUUGCGCACCUAAUACUAGUAGAUCACCCGCAACACGCCCACUAAUAGCACGUGCAAUUUUUUAGUUUGCACACGCAAUUUAGCAUUCGCUAUUUGGGAUCUUAGUAGAUCAGGCCCUAUAUGUUGUAUUUCAGUUUGUGUCAAAAAAACCUCUGACUUUUUAUUUUCAAUAUUAAAACUCUAAGAGGCUACAUGCUAAUCUUGACAUGCUAUCAAUCCUAGCCUUAUUUACUGUAUUCAUUGUAUUAUUAUAUUUACUUCAAACAUAGAAUCAGUGAUAAGAAAUAAAGAUAACUUUAUUCAUAUAGAAUCCUAAAGAAACAGAAGUUUGAAAGUGCUUUGGCAGACAAAGCAGAGCAAAUAACAGUUAUGACAGCAUAGGAGAAAUAAAUCACAAGUCGUAGAGAAGGCAUUAAGAUUCUCUGAGGAGGGAAAAAAAGAAUAAACAAAAAUGAAAAGAGAAAGAAAGGGAAGAGGUAAAAAGGUAGAUGAUAUCACAUCAGAAUAAAAACAGAUUAGCAGAUAAGAGACUGAGGUAUAAACAAACCAACAAAAGAUAAAUAAAUUAAUAAGUGAAUAAAUGGAGUAAAUGUGGUCAAAGACAGUGUUUUACAAAAACUUGCAAACAGAUGGCUCAAACAAAAGCAUUAAAAUAUGUGUUUUUGAAUAAAAGAAAGUCAGUAUGUUCAAAUUGAAAAGUAGCUAAAAGGUAAAUUCACAUAAAGCAAGUCUGUAAAAGUGAGUUUUCAGAAGAGACUUAAAAGAUGUCUCUGAUUCUGCACGCCCUAUCUCCUCAGGGUGUCGAGGGGCUCUGAUGGAAAAAGCUUGAUCUCCUUUAGAUUUGAGCCUCGAAUUUGGAAGGACCAGCAGGGCAUCACCGGAGGAUCUCAGAUUGCAGGACGGCUCAUGUGGUGUCAACAUUUCUAUAAUAUAACUUGGGAAAAACCCCAGACAAGCUUUAAAAGUGCUCAGUAAAUGGACAUCAAUUCUAAAACGCACAGUGAGCCAGUGAAGGGGGGCGGGCGAGGAUAGUAGUGGUGUGGUGCUGUUGGUUAAGACCAGUAAAAAUGACAUCCCUUGUUUUCUGAGGAGGGGUAAACAAAAGUUAACCAAGGUUGUGCCAGCCUAUCAGGACAAUAUUUGAUUUUUCUGCUGUGACAAAUGACUAUGUGAGAGAUUAUCAGAGUGCAUGGGGUCCAUCGAUUUCCUCUUUCACAGUUAGGUUUAAAGGCUCCUUUAGUUUCAGCCUGAAAAAGAAAAACUUGGCUGCCUCUUGAUUUUAAUGCAGACGCUAAUGAUCAGGAUUCCUGCGGGGAGCUGAGGGCUUUCUCAGUAGCAUGUAGGAAAUAGCUGUUUCCAACUGAAGUCAGCGAGCACAUCCAGAGAGGCUUUUUAUGGGAUAAUUAAAACUUUACUAUCAAAUCUAAAUCUCUCAGGGCCACUGCAGAGCGGAGAGCGGCAGAUUGGUGUCUGAGAUGUGUUUAGUCUUCAGCAGGAGGACACAUGUGAGGGUAAAGGGAAUUUAUUGUCUGUCUCAUCUUUCACAUCUCAUUGAUGGACGUAAUACCUCAUUGACUCCAAAAACACUCGUGGAUGGAAGUAGGUGUGCUUUGGCCUGUGGGUGGUGAGAUUGUUGUAGAUUGCCUACCUCUCUGAAUCACCUCCCGAUGUAAUAUUGUGAUUAAAAAAGUGGCAGGAACAUACAGAAGGCAGAAGGAUCCUCCCCGUGAAGUAACAGUUCCCAUUCAGAGUCAAUAACAGGGCAUCUGUCACAGGCGCUCAUGUAAUAUUCCAUCACACAGACGAGGACCAUAUGGGUUAUAGAAAAAUUCUGUGUAUCUUACCGAGCAUUUCAUUACCACAUGUUGUGGUUCUGUGCUUGAAUGCACCAGAAAUAAUAUUGCUGAGAAACAGCUAGAAAACUCUACACAUUUACAUUUUGGGAAAUGACAUAUAUAAUUUAUUGACAGUGGGAUUCUAGCACAAAUUCACAGAUUCAAUUCCAGUUACCUGUGCUUGUUUAUCAUGCGCUGAGCUACGGGAGGUUGGAGUCUUUCCCUUUUCACAACAGGGAAGAGACAGACUACACCCUGGACUAUCUGUCUGUCACAACAACAACAACAACAACAACAACAGAUGACAGUUCCUGCUCAAAACCAGUCUGUGAUUUUCAAUCACUUUUAUGAGGGUGUUGACCAAAAACUGUUUUCUGUCCUAAAUACUGAUCAAAUAUAGUGUAAAUAAUAUAAUAUAAUAUAAUAUAACAUACCAUAACAUAACAUAACAUAGCAUAACAUUGUCAAGGUAACAUAGCAUAACAAAGCAUAAUCAGGUCAGGUCGGGGUGGCAGUAGCUCAGGAGGUAGAGCAGUCGUCCAAUAACUGGAAGGUUGGCGGUUCGAUUCCCCCCUAUCCCAAGUCUGUCCGUUGUGUCCUUGGGCAAGACACUUAAACCACCUUGCUCCCAGUGUGUGUCCUCCACUGGUGUAUGAUUGUGAGUGUUGUGUGGUGGUGGUCGGAAAGGCCGUUGGCGUAAAAUGGCAGCCACGUUUUCGGCAGUCUGCCCCAGGGCAGCUGUGACUACUAAGGUAGUUUACCACCACCAAAGUGUGACUGUGUGAGAGAAUGAAUGAUGUAUCCAAUGUAAAGCGCUUUGAGGGUCUCUGAUAAAGCGCUAUAUGAAAUCUGAUGCAUUAUUAUUAUUAACAUAACAUAACGUAACGUAACAUAACGUAACAUAACAUAAUUUACAGCCAGCAGAGAUGCACUCGCAUAUAUGACACUAAAGCAAAACGUUUUCCUCUGUCUUGUUUAACAAAACUUAUUAGCUUAAAAAAACAACAAAUACUUUAAAUAGGAGGAGGUCUUACAUAAGUUCCUUUGAUCAAAAAUUUCCUGUGAGGGGCACCGUCCCGUGAUGGAAAAUAAUGAGAGUGAUAGUACUGGGUACCAGGCACUUUAUUAGAACCUACUCUGCCUUACCCGACUGGACUCCACUUUUUUUAGGGUUUUCCAUGAGGUGUUUGUUAUAGUGUUACUAUAAACAAAGCGUUUAUAGUUAUAACAAACUGAGGCGCUUAAGUCCUUAGAUGCUUUUUCAUUUGAGGUUGAUCACCUGGCAAUCAAUCAUUUGUGUUUCGCACACAAAGCUAAUGUUAGCCCGUGUGCUAAAAAAGUGAACGUAAUAAAAAAGCUAAUAUUCUUCUUAAUGCCUCCCAGUUUCUGAUUAGAUUGUAAUGAUGACUCUCUGGUACUUUUGUUUUGAGCUUACUUGUCGUAUCAUAUGUUCAAAUAGAUGAGUUGAAAAAGAAGAUGAGCAAACAAUAACAAAAACAACUUAUCUAGAUUAUCAGUUCUAUGAAAAAAUGAGGAAAUAUCAGUGGAUUUAAACUUUUCUUAUUCCAAUAUAAUUUAAUAUCAGACUUUUGAAUCCACUCAUUUCACAGAAGGUUUGGUGAUGUUUUGUCAGACAGUGAGGGUUCAGCUGUGCGCUGCAUCUUCUGUGUCUGGUGCUGAAUUGUAUUCAUGAAUAUCAUCAAACUGCUCAGACCUGAUUGUCAAACAGACACCCUCUCCCCUCUCCCCUCUAUUAUUGGAUCUGUUCUGAAGGUUCAUGACACCAAAUUUACCGACUGAAAAGCUGCUGUAUCACGAAGUGUUUCUUCCUUUUUUUUUACACUUUAGACUGAAUAUUUGUCUAUAAAUAGAAAAACACAGAAGGAGGCAUGAUUGCUUAUGCACAUAUUCAUCUUCAUUGUUUUCCCUUUUUUUGUCCUGCUAACUCUGACAGGAGCGGCGCAUGGUUAUGAUUCCACGCUCACUGGAGAUGAAAUGGAAGCAAGAUGAGUCAAUUAAAGGCAGGCAAUAAGAAUAAUGUAUUUUGACACGUGGAAUGAAGUGUGAGGAUCACAUAUUGUCACAGCAGAUGCGCAAAUGUAAAAACACAAUUAUGGUGCCCCUUUAUUCCUGCAGCUUGUUACAUACUCUGGCAUGUGUAAGUGUGAGGGUGUGUUUGUGCUUCUCCUCUGUUGAUCUUUGAAAAUAGUUUGUGACAUGCUGAAAGCCAGAGGACACAACAGUGAAUCAUAUUGGUUGCUCCCUCAUAUCAGAUUCUCUUGUUUUCUUUUCGUCACGUGACACAACAAACAUCUGAUACCUGAGGCUGCUCUCACCUUGCUGUUAUUAUGGAGUUUCAUUUUCCAACUUCAUCGAUCUGAUUUGGAGCGUAGAUGUGGAGGAGGAAAAGAGAGGGCGAAAGACAGAGCACGAGAGAAACCGAGAGAGAGUUGUUGAUUUUCUUUGAGUCUGAGAGCUGAAGCAUUAUCUGCUUUUCAGAGGCUGUUGUUGUUCAGAAGCAGCCGGCUGGAGAGCCUUGCCUGCUGUACCUAAUCGGGACCGAGAGCGUAACGCACUGAUUAAAAAACCCAAUAAAAGCACCCUGAUGCACACACGCACACAUACACAUAGACUCACACAUACCAUCCACUUCUCCACCCUCUCAAAACCCAAGAUUUUCUUUGAAUUAUUCAGUUAGAUGAUGCAUAUUACUUUGGAGAUAAGCAGAAAAAGACACAAUCAUAAAUAUGUUAAAGGGAAAAACAGGGUGGAUGUGUUCUCUGAAAGGUGAAAUGAAUAAAUCUGAUGUGUUAGUGACAUUGUCAGGGGAAGGUAUACACUGCAGAAACUAAGGAAUGAGGCACAAUCUUUCACUGUCAAAGAUAUGGAGCAACAUUAGCACACAGGGGCUGUAGCGUGAUUGAGGUACUUGAAUCUCAGAGCAGCCCAGAAGAUCUCUGACAGAUCCUUAUUUCCACCAGAAAGGAAGUUAAAUGUACAAUUCUGACUUUAAUUUGAUCAUCAUGCUGCAUUAUACGUGUUUCAACUGGACAACUAAACAUGGUUUCUUCAUGCCCUUCAUUAAAUUAUUGUUUAAUCUGAUCCCUGGAGCAAAAGACACUCAAUAUUUUUCCCACGCCUCCCAAGAUUGUUUCAAUUAUGUAUUAAAUUAAAAUGGAGAGAAAGUAAUGAAAUGGUAUGAUAGCAUUAUCGUUAAGGUUUGAAGCAUAAAGAAAAUAGAAAAGUUUGGAUUCAGGGACUUCGGUUUAUUAUGAAUCUGUUCUGUCGUGACCCAAAUAUUGAGCCCAAACAUCCUUAUAGUAAGUGUGCAGCAUGGACUUGAUUUGGUCUUUCUUCUAUGGCACCAUGUUUCAUCACUUUCAUAUCUAAGAGCAAUUCUGCCGGGGGAGGAGCCCCUAAAUAAAUAACAUACUACCUGCUUUUGUUUUCUGAGAGCACUUUUCAGGUUUUUUUUACAAUUAUUCCAGCUCAAAAAGGUGGACUUAAGGCAAAUUUUUGGACCUCUAGCAGACAAAAAUUGUUUUAUGUCUUUGCUGAUUUUGUAUGAAAAUUUCACCAUGUUUUCUUCACAGUCAGUUGUAUUACUGACUGCAAUAUAUUAAUCUGAAACCAUUCUGCUGUUUACAAUAGCUACGUUUACAUGGGCACAAAUAAUCGAAAUAAAGGCCUGAUCGAAAAAAAAAAAAUGCUCCAUGUAAACAUGUCGAUCGGAUGAUUCUGAUCCAAUUCGGCUCAAUCGAAAAGAAAUUGUAUUCCGAUCGAGGGGGUUGGUUUAUACCGAUCGUUAUUCCGAAACGCAUCCAUGUAAGCACCUAUUUCGAUCGUGACUCUCUUACCUGUCUCGAUCUUCACUCUUUAGCCUUUAGCUUAUUCAUUGAGGCCAGUACAGGAGGUUUCAUUAUUAACACUCUGGCAGAAAACACAACCACAGGUGCCGUGUCUGCUCCUCCAAUAACAUAACAGCGUAAUGAUGUCACAUCUGCACGCACAGUGCAACCUUUGACAGAACAGUAAAAUAAGCACACAAGGGCGCUAUCUAGUGACAACAUUUAACAGGGGGAACACUCUUGAAUUGGAUAGAGUGAGCCACUACAGCGUUUGAUGGUUUGUUGACAGCACAGGCGUAAAUACAUCUCUUCCUUUGUGGUUGUUUUAGCAAGAUCAAACAAUUCUGCGCAUGUCCAAAUGCUCCUUGUAUACACAUGUCAUGAUCAGAUUAUUUGAUUUUGCACCCAUAUAAACAGUGGAUUCAGAUUUUCCGAUCCUUCAAAUUUUUAAUCGGAUCAAGAAAUUUUGCCCACAUAAACAUGGCUACUUUCUGUACCAAAGUGAUCAGUCCUGUCUCUGUUGGAGUUUUUAAACUUCUGUAAAUGUGGCUAUAAAAGCACUAAAAUAUUCUCAAGGAUCUUAAAGCUUUUAUCCAUAAAAUCAUUACAAAAAGUACCAACUCUACUGUAGCUGGGAAACUGUAAGUGCUUACAUACUAGCCUGGUAGGCUCACAUGGCCACUAUUAUUUCCAACUGCUUAAAAUUGUUACCUUUACUUGUAUCAUUUACUUUUGUCUCUUAUGGUAGAGUUUCUUGUAGUUAGAAAUCACAUCAGAGGAGGGUUACGUUGACAUUUUUACAGUCAGAUUUCCUUUGCAACUAUUUGUGUCGUCAAAGAAAAAACGAGCAGGUUCAAGGUGCCUCCUCGUUGGCUUCUCUUAAACCACGAGAGCCUUUUUAUGGUACAGUGCCUCAAAAUAACAAAAAAGGUCAAUGAAAUUUGUUUUUAGUGCCUUUACAAAAGUAGUAAGGGAAUUUCUUUUGUUGUUCACAUUAAAUGGGAAAAAAUCAGGAAAUUGUAGACCUGAAAAUGAAAUACUGCUGUUGAUGCUCACAUUAAUAAGGCUUGAUGACUAAAAUAGGAUAGAUAGGAUUCAAAGAAUACCGUAGGCAGAUACUUUAUUCCAGAUUAGUAAGACUUCAUGGGGUAAUUAAAGGGUUAGACAAUGCCAUUACACACAGAAAUCUGAUGGCUGCAGUAAUAACUGCAUGACCUGUUAGCCAAGGACUCGGUGGUUAUUAAUCUUUCACCUGCUGCAGCUCUGUGCUGGCAGACCCCACUCUUCUCCUCUCUAGCCUUUCAUUUUCUCCCCCUCUCUCCAGUUUUGCAGAUCUUAACCCCGUGGUCACGAGCAGCGAGUUGUUAAGUAUGCAUUAAAAGAGAAAGGGAGGAGAGAGAGAAAUUUAAUUAAUUUUCAUGUCUGUAUAUCCCACCGUCCACCUGCUCUACAGUCGUAGCAGGCAGAAAGUAACCUGGAGUCAAGCCUGUGCCUCCAUGACAGAGAAUUGCAAUUAUUUCUUCAUCACUCUUAUCACACCUCGUAUGCACAUCCAUCCACCCUGAGCUCUCUUUUCCAAAGCAUUCAUCCAGAGACUGGAGCCUGAGCACAGAUAGCAUUUUCCACCAGCGCUUAAGCUUUGACAUCAACAAGUAAAUAUACUUAGGCUGCAGUUCUAUCCUUGGUACUGCAAUUCUUUAUUUAGUGCUGUGCUUCUCUGGUUGAAGCCGUUGAAUUGAAAGUGACUCUUACAAUGGCUGACCCGAGUAAAAGCAUGUAAUAUGACAAACCCAGACUCUGCUUAAUUUUGUCUACUGAUGUACGCACAACCAGAUAAAGAAACAGUCAAUUUUUCAAAUAAAACAAAUAUAUUCUGAAUUGAUUUACUUGCAGUGAAACAAGCAGUGAAGAAAGUGUCAUAUGCUGUGAGGAAGAAAAUAGGAGUGGAGGUGAAGUGGUAAAUGGUGUAGCAUGUUUGACCUUCAUAUUUGAGGCUUCUGUUCUUCUCAUUGUCCCUCAGUUUGUGCAUGUUUUUCAUAGCAUAUAACCACUUGUAUUCACUUGUAAAUGUUAGGCCAAAAGCAAAGUCAACUUCCUGAAAAAACUUAUCAAAACACUGGAAAAAACUAUGAGGAGAUGAUGGCUAAACACAAUUAAGGGUACAAAACAAUCUGACACAGAAGGAAGGGCGGACUGAGCUUCAGUCCACACAGGAAGUGGAGAUUACAAGACGCAGGUGCAACUUCAUUGGGGUAAUCAGGGAGGCCAGAAAACACAAGGAAGCAGGAUGUGAACGGACCUGAUAUGAGAGAAGAGGGGGAGAAACAAAAUAAAACAAGAAGCACAAGAAAAGUAACAUGAGGAGUGAAAUACAACAACUUCACUGAACAGGCGUCAUUAUGUAUCCUUAAACUACAUCGAUAAGUGUAUUUGUCUAAUUUCUGGUGAAAAUAUCCGAUUAAACUUAAGAGCUACAUUGAACUAACAAGUUAAGAAACUCUCAGUACAUAACAGUAAAAUAUUAAGUUAUGUGUAACAAUGGGCAGCAAGAGCUAGAGAAAGACUAAGGCCAUUAAUAGUAGUGUCCCAUAGGGCUUGGUGAUAUGGCUUCAAAUCAAUAUCAAGAUAUAUUGAGCAGUUCACCUCGAUAACGAUAAAUGGAUGACGACUACUCCACAAGCUUCUCACUCCCUCCCACAUUAACUUCGUCUACUUUAGCCGCUGCUUCAGCCGCUACAAUUUUUAAACCAUCCUCCAUCUCCUCACCUGUCUUUUCUGCUUUGUUAAGGACUGGAUGGGGUGGAGUCACAUCUCUGACAUAGGACAGCGUCUUAAAGGGACAUGAGACCAUAGCCUACCUACACACAUCCAAAACCAACUUUUAUCUAUUUAUUUUUUUGACACCGAAUAUACCGAUGUGGGCAAAAUGACAUUGGUUAUUGUCAUAAAUUUUGGUUUCAGUAAAUUUUUGGUUCAUCGCCCAGCCCUAGUGUCCCAGUCAUUCUGGGAGACACCUGGAUGAACAGUUUCCAGCACACUUUUAGACAGUUGACUUUCAUAUUCAUGCUUAAAGAGUGGAAUCAACCUGUGGCAUUGGAAAGUAAAUGUAUAUAUUGAUGAUACAUUAAAAAUGCGCAUGACCUCAGACAGCCAUCAAAAUCUUAAAUCAAGGGCGCUGAGGGUAUUGGUGCUACAUCACAACUCAUCCACCCACAUUUUCAAAGCAGGGCAAAGAUUCCUUAAUUCUAACUCACCUCAGCUGUUAUCUACAGACAUAAACUGGCUUUUAAUUUUCUGUGGAAAAACCCCACGGUCAAGGAGAAACUGACUCUCUCUUUUUUUCCCGUUGCCCUGUUUCCUGUGCUUGUGCUGCUUUUUGCCUCCUAGGAAGUCCGAUCUGCAUGAGAGGAGAGAGGACGCGCUUUAAUCACCACUGGUACUUCACACAACUCCCAUGACAGAAACUAAAACACGCACAAACAUUAAAGAUACUGAACUUCACACCCCCUCAAGCUCUCUGAGAAGAAGCAGAAGUUCAGUGACAUUUAAGCACCCAGGGCACCUCUCAGGGUUUAGGAAAGAAAGGCUUAGAGCCAUGUUGGGAGAGGUCAGUGAGAAGGGCACAGAGUGAUGGAGCACAGAAAAAGAGGUAAAGACCCUGAAAAGGAGGAAAGAAAAGGGUGGGGAUUGGAGCAGCAGAGGGAGAGAUUAACUGGCAUGAAAGAGGGAGGUCUAAAUCAGAAUAUUCAAGACUCAAAGUGGAGGAGGAUUGACAAGCGAGUGGGUAGAAGUGACGGGAAAAUGGAGGCUUUGGCAGAAAUACAGUAUGAAAUUGGUUGCAGAAUUAGAGUGUAUUUUGGAGACACGGUGGCGGAGAGGCCGGAAAAAAAUGAAAGGAUUGUGCAAAGAGGAUAAGGGAGAAGGAAGGUGGGAGAGUGGUUACCUCUGUUCACCUCAGUCUGAAAAAUAUAUCCUCAGCUAUAGGCUAAACAACACACCCACAUGCAUCUUCUUUAUCUCUCUCUUUUCCACACUGAUGAGGUGAGGCGCUCUUCUCCGGACCUCUUGACUCUUUCUCGGAGUUGGUGCCAUCGCAUUUUCUCUCUCCGUCUCUUUCUUUGUGCUCGCUGGGUGGCUGAAGUGAAAUCAGGCCUGAAACAUAGCGAUUAUUCCAGCACACUGCAGUUUAUUACACCAGAACCACGCUCUGCUGCAGAUGCAUCCAGUGAAAAGCUUGGCCAAGAACCGCUCAGGCCCUCACCACUUGUUUCAUUGUUGUAUUCCUGCUGGUAAUGAUUACAUAUAAAGAUUUUGGAUUUGAAGCCUAAUCCUAGAUGCUGCGGGGCUUGAGCCAAAGAAAGAGCCAGUGAGCCAAUGUAACUAGUAUAUCCUUCCAUAAACAGGGACAGGUAGUAGCAGCUGGUACUCUGGGCUUUUGACUGCAUUAUGAACUCACUGAUGUGAUGUAAUGCACCGUUAUAGUUUCUAUGGGCUUUAAGCAGCCUGCUGCAGCCAUGCAGAAUACAGCCAUGGAACGCCCUAAGAACAUAUAUAGGAGGAUAUAUAGUUAAUGAAUAGCACUCAGAACCUCAACUAUGCAGCCACUCCAGCUAUAAGAACAACCAUUUUCCUUUGAUGACAUUCAAAGUGUGGAGAGUGAAGUGCUUCUAGCUCUGUACUCGUAGACUGAAUAAACAUGGAUCCAGUCUAAGAGACAUCCACUAUUGAUGCCAGGAGGGGGUUUUGGAGCCUAAUCAUUGUGGCCACCAUAUUGGACACACCGAUUAACCAUAAGUUUCAUUCACAGCAAUGUCCUUAGUCAUGUAUAUUCAUACUUACACUCAGGCCUAAGUUGUAUUUGAGCCACGGUCUGCAUGUUUUCUUCUAUCAACUUUGGCACGGGACCUAAAAGAGCGUCUUUGCCCUUUGGAGCCACUCUCAGGUGGACACUUGAGGAACUGCAGUGUUUUUGCACUUUGUAUUUUAACACCAGAGGAUGCUGCUGGGCUGUACUUGUGAUAGAUUGAAGAAUCAGACAUGACUAAUUUAUCAAAUUUCAUUCUUCCUUAACACAGCUUUUGUAGUGUAGUUUUUUUCAUCAUGCAUGGUGUAGCUGUUAUGUUACCAUUACGUACACUAGUAUUUGUUAUAAAAGUUACACAGCCAUUAAUAGAAAAGGAAAGCCUCAUCAUGUAGAUCCUUGCGUUUGAGUUUGAUUGCUCAGUGAUCUGUAGGUAAUGCCUCAGGGAUCCAGUAGGCUAAAUUUUUUUCCCUAGGAUGAAAUUGGGAAAUCCCCCCCACCCCCCAACCCAUUUGAUUGGUUCCUGCAGCAUCUGUUCUUCGCUCGCCUGUUGUUUUCGUUCUCAGAUAGGAAAGGGGGAGAGUUAAGCUAUAGUAGGGGUUAGGGUGAGGUUAGUAAAGGUAAGGGUUAGGGUUGGGGCAAGGGUUAGUGGCGGCGAUGUAACUGCAGUGAAAUUUAAAAACAGGAGGGGGGCACAUCCGAGUUAGAAGUGAGAGACUGUGUAGGAAACAAUCAAAUGGGUUGGGGGCCUGGAUUUCCCUAUUUCACCUUUGGUAAAACAUUGGGUUUCGAAAAAUAGGGAGAUUUGCUUUCAUUGGUUUAUUAGCUCCCAGUACCAAGGUUCCUUUGCUAUGAGUGCACACAAACUGUUGUCAUUUCUUGCCUUGUAUUUAAAACCUGAUGAAGGAACUUUGUCCUGAAUAUGUUUCUUUGAUAUUCAGUAAACGAUUCUGUUUACCAUUGAGGAGAACAAAAAAAUUAGAAGUCUGAAUUGUUGAAAUGAGCACCAGAGGGGUAAAUGAUAAGGCAGUUAGACUGCAGUGCAUUUAGUAUGCAGUAGUUAUUGCACAUCAAAUUAAAAAGUUUGUGCCACCAUCUAAGGGAUUAAGUGGCUUUUGCCAUGAAGAAAACUGAACUUGAACUUCAAAUUCCAUAAAGUUCUGCUGCUAAUGAGGCAUGUAAUUAAACAAGGAAACACAUUCAAAAUAGCCUAAAUACAACAGGAGACUAUUAAUACCGAUUACAUGAACAAGGCCAAGCUUUAGUCCGUAAAUAAGUCUUGGAUAAUGCAUAGGAAUUCUCUCUCUAUUCAUCUCUGUCUGAAUGUUGAACUGAGCAGAAGAUAGAAACCACCAGCGAGUGACUUCUUAUUAUAAAUAUUAUUUUUUCUGCAGUAUCAAUGUUAUUUGGCGUAUCACUACCUCCAGUGAGUGACUGAGUCACAUAACCGGCCUCGCCUCAUAUGUGAAGGCAGGCCAGGGUUGCCUGAUACUGCGACAAAUAUCCCCCACGAUCUUACUUGUUUCCUUCACUGUAAAGAUCGGGAGAUAACCAGGAGAAAUUACUAGCCGGGAGCAUCAUGGGAGGUAGGGUGAAAGAUGGGGAGUCUCCUGUGUGAAUUGGAAGGGAUGGCAAGUAUUGUAUUGUAUUGUGAAAUAACUUAAAACAUACAAGUGAUGGGAAGAGCAACAUAUGUGUAGUUCCCUUAUUCUCAUAAGAAUAAGAAUUAAAAAAAACUUUAUUUAUCCCCGAAGAAAAAUACGGUAUUUUUCAAAUUCAAAAUUCUCAUAUCACUACCAUUUUGUCUAUUUUAGGGCACAACAUACAGCUGUGUUUGAAAUCCUUUCAUUUCACCAAUUCCUGAAACUGCAACUGAAAACACAACAAAAAAGGACAAAUGAAACUAUACGCCACCGUAUAAAAAGAGUUUUAGCAUUAGCACCAGCGGUUUUCCCAUUAAUAUGACUUGUUAAUAUGACCACUUUCUAGUUAUACAUGAUAUAAGGAUGGUAUUACAGUAUUUUCAGCUCACCCUAAUUUUAGUGAGCCAGGAGUUUUAGAUAGCUAACAAUAAGAGUGUCGAAGAUGCUUAAAAAAUAUAUUCAAUUAACUGAAAAUGCUAAAAAUUUGCUGUUGUGACGGAGCCUUUGUUACCCAAUAGGUUAUUAAAUACUGUUUUUAAAUAUGUUGCUUUGAAAUAUGGUCUGAUGUUAGUUUUUUAUUAUCUAAAAUGACUAAAAACUGUCAGACUCUAUAUUUUCUACUUCUUGAAUACCACAUGGGAAACAGCAGUCAGACAUGGAAUAAAUUUAGGAUUAAGCUUUCUACUGACAUGACAUCAGGAAAAAUAGCCAACAUUCAGAAUAAGAGUGUCUCAUUAAUGAUUUAUAUACAAAGUAGGUCACUAUAAAAGCUUUCUGUUAUAGAUAUUUAUUUUUCCCCCCACUCUUGUCAAGACUCAUAAGAUCAAAAAAGACAGAUUUUUGUUUCUUUUUUGACAUUUUAAAGUUGCAGUGUGGCCCUUAACAUGACAUUUGCCAACAAGGUAACUUCUGUUGCCAUGACAACAAGUAAUUUUGUUGUACAGCAUCAGUGGUGAGUCAUUGUCCAGCCACUUUGAGAUAUUUGUGUCUCCUUCCCCUGAGUGUGUGUGCGCACCAACAGGUUUUCCCUUUAGUUGUGUAAUGCUGGAGUCCUGACAAUAUAUACAACUGACGGACAAAAACAGGUGUUACCCUCUUACAUUCCUUGAUGUGUGUUUGUGCUUUUGUGUGUUUAUGUGUGUGUGGAAGUCUCUAAGUGUUUAUGUGUGGAGAGGCAGAGAUGUGUGCACUGAUGCAUGGCCCACUCUUCCUGUGCGCGGGACAUAAUAAGCCAAUCAGUGUGGCUGAUGGAGAGAGGUGAGUGAUGAGAGUUGUGUCUCCCAGCAAAAUGAGACUGAGGUGAAUGGAUGAUGUGUGCUGAUGCAGGCCAGGCUGCUUUUUACCUUUUCUGUCCAACACACACCUGAGACCAAGGCCACAGCUGUGCAGAGCUUUUUACAGGCCUCAUAGUAACAGAGAGCGCACACACACAAACACACACACACACACACACACACACACACACACACACACACACACACACACACACACACACACACACACACACACACACACACACACACAUAAACACAUGGUGAGUUAUUGUCACAGAAUAAAAACACAGAUGCAUCUUGGCUACAGAAAGGCUGAAAGCUCUGGCACUGUUCCGUCUUAAUUCUGUUUACUCUCAGAAAGCACCAUCUAUGUUAUGACGUGAAGAAAUUAACAACACUUGGUCGAACCUCUUGGCAUUUCACACAAACAGAAAACAGCGAUAAUUGAGUCUCAGGUUUGCAUUAUUUACUGCUGUCUUCCUGCAUUGAGAAAAUAAAUGUUGUUUUACUUUGGCACCUGGUGAGGAACUCCUACGCAGCGCUGAAAUGGAAGCAGUCUUGGAAUAUUAUUACGAGGCAUACAUUGUUCACGCUCUUAUCACCAGCUGCAGAACCCCUGAAACAGAAACACACACAGGCUCACACAACCACACACACAGAAAUACACAAUCAAGACACACACCUUACAGGCAGCCUGUCACAUAUCUUCCUCCUAUAUUGAUCUCAUAUUGAUUGUUGUUUUUCACUGCAGUUCUGUGUUGAACUGGGCUGUAAAUCUGCCUCCUUGCUGGAAUACAGUUAAUGCCAAAUAUACCCAUAGAAAAAAUAAAACUCCCACAUGCUAAAAAAGGAAAAUAAAAGAAAAAAAAUUACAUUUCUCAAUGGCAUAACAGGGUCACAGUCCUGCAGCAGUAUGUCUUUUUCAACUAUGCAACCGUUUCCACAUGAAAAAAAAAGGAUCUCAGCUGAGCAAGGGGCAGGGAAAAACGGCAAAACAUGCGUGCUGCCAGAUUGUUUGAAAAAUUACUGCUGAUUAUUUAGACACAUCAGAGUAUGCAAUUAUGCACAGGCAUGCACAAUGUGCAUACACAGUCAACAAACACGCUAUGAGGAACCAACCGUAGGUCCCAGGAAACAUGAAAUGGUCCCACAUGUGAAAUCAGACAGGUUUGUCUCAGUGCCUGCAGCAGUGAGAUAAACAAAACGCAGCAUUUGCCUCUUUGUUAUUGCGUGUGUGUGUGUGUUUCUGUGUGUGUUUGUGUCUAAAAAACAAGCCUGAAGAAGACCAGGGCCACAACUCAGCCUAUAACCGUAUACUUCCCACCAUCUUUACCUCUGUAUCUUCCUUCUCCUGCUGUCCUCUGGCCGCUUCAUUUCACAGCCCAUAAAUAUAAGCCGAGACCGGUACUGAAGUAGAGGGAAGGAACACAUCCUAUCAGGGCAUGCACAGAGGCAUCUUUGUGUUCUUGUAAGCCUGUCAUUAUGUGAGCUCCGUUGCCUAACAACUGAAUAUCCAACAGGCUGGUAGAGCACUCAAGUUUUUCUCUCUCAUUACUUAUGUUCUAUCUUCCUUGUGAGGUUGGAAUAAAAAUUACUCUGUGAAAAUGGUUUCCUAAAUCCAACCACAAAAUAAUAAGAAUAGUAAUAAGAGAGCAUUUUCUAACCAGAUUUUGGUAGCAAGGGAACUUGUUGUUGUCCUCUCUGGGGUGCAGACAUUAUUUCUCUUUUACUUUUUCUUGUCUCACCUUCCGGUCUUGUACUCAUGAUUCCCACCCCCUAGUCCAUGCACUGUCCCUGCCUUUUCUUUUUCUUAACUCUGAGUUGUCCCUGCCUUUGACUUGCACUUUCUCUUCACUGGAUUUGAACUCAGGAUCAUUUCACUCAAAGGCAGCAGCUCUAACCACUGCACCUCAGGCCUGCCAACCUGUACUUACUUCUUUUUCAUUUCUCUAUUUUAUUAGAUGUUUUUUUUAGAAGCAGGGUUCGUUUGCCGUGUGAGUAAGAGACUAAGACUUUUCAAAAACUGGGUUCAGACUGCAGUGUGAGCGUGUUUCUGAAUAAUCAGUGCCCCAUCGCACCCGCAUCCUUUAUUUCAAUAUAAUAGUGUUGCCAUGGACAACCCAACAACCUCCCACGCCAAUUCAUAUCAACCCACCAAAAGGGGUGUGUCACAUUUCACUUCUGCCUGUUGACAAUGUGGCUAAAACACCAGUUUCUGAUAGCAUUUUAAAUCAGUUAACAGUGUGUGGAAUAUGAAUAAUAUUACUUUUAAUGUGUUUGGAGAACACAAAACUCUCGCUUCAACAACUGACCAAUAAACAGAGACGAGAAAAACAGCAGUGAAGAAUACAAAAAAGAGCAACAUCGUAUUUAUGUUUAUAAAUGUUAAAAGGCCAUAAUACAAAUAGAUAGAAUUAAGUCAGUGCAGUCAUCAUGCAUAUCUUAUGAUGUUCAAAUAUAUAUUUCAGCCACAUCACUGGCCAUGUAACUCAAACUUCUUUGGAACAGACUUUGCCUUAUAAAACGCUUGUUCCCUAUAUUUUAAAACCGUGCUUUUAUUUUGAAGUAGAAGUUUAUUUUAAGUUUUGGUACUGAAUAAAAACAUUUUAAAAUACAGUUAGAAAGUAUAUUUGUUAAUCUUAAAGGAGACACAACCUCCAAUGUUGCAUUUGGAUUAACAGAAAAAUUAUAUUAAAGUUUUUAAAAGUGCCCUAUCAUCUUUUAGAGAGCUGUUUCUAUCUGGGCACUCUGCUGCAUGAAUGGCCUCAGUUAUGAACUCAUGGUACUACUACAUACUUAUUUUUAGCAUGAUAUCAACAUUUUAUAUUUUAACAAAGGCUGAUACCGCCAUUACCACCAAUAACUCUGCAUAUAUGGGGCAGAUGCUGAAAACUCUAAGCCAAUCCAGCAUCCUAGGAAGGUAAUUAAUACAUCAGUUAAAUCAUUCAUGAAUUAAUAUUUUGAGAUAACCUAUUAAUUUCUAUAGCUGGUAGCCAGGUUACAAAAUGGGUGGUAAUUGGAUCAGGAUGCUGAGUGGGUUAACAGGACUCUAUAGAUUAUCAAUGUCUUCAUGAUUUCUACAUUAUUGCUGUCCUGUACAUGUCACUUGAAAUUCUGUAUUGUUCUACAAAACUUAUACAAAAUCUUGAGAGUUUAAUCCUUCAGUGUUUUUAUGCCACAAAGUUUUGCAACCAUCUCUUUAGUCUCAUCUCAAACUUCGUGAAAGAUUCGGGGGUCUUGUUAGCUGCCUCUGGGGUACUAACAGGCGUAUCGUUGUCCCUUUUUUGCUUCAAACUCCUGUCAACUGCAUCUCCUUUUAUCAUGGGGACAACGUCUGACAGAGUCUAAUAAAUCAUUCUCUGAACAGAAUCCAAAAUACAAGUGGUUGCUUUGAAGUUUUGGGUCCACUUUGACAGAAAAUACCUCAUGUAUGUUGAGCGAGAGUCUGAGAGAAGGCGUGCAUGUGGGAGAGAGAUGCACAAAGACAGAGAGAGAAAGUGCAUGUGUGUUUUUGUAUGUGUGUGAGUGUGAGUGUGUUGUCUUUUUUUUUCUGCUUUGAUCUUUCUUGCUUUCGCCCACGGUCAAGUGUGCAGCUGUCAUGGCUCCCCAUGAAACAAGCAGACAGACAGAAAGGGGGUUCCUGUUGAGUGAGAGCUGUGAUGAGUCCUCAAGUCUCGGCUGUCACUGCACACAUCACGGCUUAUGUAAGCAGGAUAUGAGGAGAGAGGGAGGAGAGAGGCAGUGAGAGGGGGACAAGGAGAGAUGUAAAAACAAUAAACAGGGAAAGGAAAAGAGGAGGAAGAAGGGGAAAAGAGAAAAUGUCAAGCAGGCAGAGAGAGAGAAACAGAGGGAGACAGAGAGAGACGGGGAGAGCUGUCAUCAUAAAGAGUCUGACUCAUUCCUACUGUUCUGGAUAUAGCACUGAGCUGAGAGGCAUGUAGCUAAUGUACGACAGCUCCAGAACAAUUACAGUCCUUCAAACACGGAUUAGUCCCAUAAUAUGAGAGAACGGGGACCGGUCUCUGCAAAACCAGGCUGAGGGAGAACUCUGUGUCCAACUCGGAUGCAACCAAAAUAUGCCAAAUGAUUUCAUCCGCAUGAAAAAAUGAGACACUUGCUUUGGGUUGAUAUUGUUAGGUCAAAUCUUUUUGGAGUGCACUUAUGUUAUGAAAUUUAUCUUAAAAAAUGAUUGGAUUUUCAGAAAGCACAAUAGAGUCAGGAAGAUAUUAUUAGGGCAGCUUUAUUAUUUUUCUGAACUCUUCAAACAUUAGCUCAACGCAAACUUCAGAAAGGUUUUUAUAAUCUUCAUAUGACUGAUUUCUUUGUGCAGAUGUGAAAAUGCAUCCACCAGAUUCAUACUUCAAAUUCUCUCUUUUAUAUUCUACCAUUGUGUGUAAUGUUAUCCACAGAGGCAGUUUAAGGGCCUCUGCUUGGCAUGUUCUCCCUCUGUAAGUGCCUGCAGAAAAGCACUGGCUGUGAAAGCUGCAGUCAAAUAGCUGUAAUUAUCUGCAAUCAGUUGACAACCAGGGGCCGGCUGAAAGCUGCUCACACACAAACACAGCAGAGGGAGAGAGGCAUCAAGGGGCACGGAGGGUAAAAUAUCUCAGGAGAAGAAAAAGGAAAAUGGAGGAGUUGUUGGUUUCGAAACUGGCGAGGAAGAUUGUGACAAACACAUUAUGGCUACAGAAACAAAAUGCAGCAGAUGUGAAUAUUAAUCUGGACUGACUCACAAGAAUAAUAAGGCCUUAUGUCGCCUAUAAAACCUCAUUUUUUAUCUCCCACAACACAUCUGUGACACAUGUUAUUAUAAAGGGGUAGCAAGUGCUGCAUGAUCACACAAUUAUUACUCUUUUAUGUUUCUCUGUGGCUAAUAAAACAGUCAUUUUAACUCCAUUAUAUCACAUCAGUCAGAUUGUGUUCCCCACUAUUGUGUGAUAAAGUAAUAAAGAAAAUAUAAGUAAUAGGUUCAAGGAAUAUCCAGAUGUGUAUUUUCUGGCUUUAAACAAUAUCUUAAUGCUAAUGUUAAUCAGCUUGUCAUCAAAAGAAAAGAAAAGAAAAGAAGAAACUGUUGCUAUGGUAACUGAUGAAAGUGGAUACUUCUCUAAGAUUUAAUAUUCAGAAAUUGCUGGUGCACUUUUCAGAAGCAUAUUGAGAGCACUUGAGAGUUUUUUCCAUCUGAUUUUUUUUUUAAUAAUCAACUCAGUAAAUAUCUCAGAACUACAAGAAAAGUUUUUAGAUCUGCUGUUUUUCUGAACAAACAGGAUUUGGUGCUUCAGACACACUCCAUGGAUAUUCGGUUUUUACAUGUUUAUCAGUGCACAGUCGCAUCAAAGACAGAGAUAUCAGUCUGUUUCCUUCCUUCAAAUUUUAAGCAUUUGCCUAGCUGUCUCUUUAAUUGCCAUGUAAUCAGCCUAAAUGUAUUUGAGUUGUAUCAUCUCAUAUCCAUGAAGCCAUAACAACUUAUCUGAUCCUGCAGAAACGAUGCAGCAUCCAGGAUUAAAACAGGCCAAACAUCUGAAGACCUGCAAAACCCCAAUGUGCCUACACAAAAUCAACAAAACAGUUAUAUUACUGUCAUAAUUACUUGAAGACUCCCAUUGUCCCAUUGUCUCAAAAUAAUACUGGAUUAAACCGAACAGUAUAGGGUGUGGGCUUAUAGGGCUUCCUCAAGUGGCCUAAAUGAGAGCUUCUGCUGGAAAUUUGAGGCACUUCAGUUAGAAAAACAAAGCAGAGUUUUAGACGUCAGAAAAACUUUUCUUCAAAUUUCAACAAAAUUAUCUUUCAUACUUAGACAGGGUUUUUUUUCUCAAACAAAUCCAAUAAUCUUUUUGUAGCAUUUAAUUAUAGUGUGAUUUAACUCACAAAAGCAAGGAGUUCCUCGCCAACAACCUGAGAGGAGUGCGCUCCCACGUCUUGAGAGCUAAUGUGAUUGUAUAAUCUCCAACAAGAGAUGCGUGCUCACCUGCCACAAAUUUGUAGAUGGCUGAAUUUUUUUCUGGUUCUUUUUUGUUUUUUGUAGCUUUUUAAAUUAAAAACAACAAGGGAGAAACUUUUCAGCAGUCCUUGUGUAGUUACUACUUCCUUAGAACUUUUACACAAUCAGAAAUAGAGUUUAAGCCUCGUGGUCGUACAUUGUUUGAUUUCUUCUGGCAGACUCACAAACAAACAUGAAGCAACUCUUACUCAAAUUAUUUAAAGAACUAUUUAAUUGAGGCCUUCAGUUUUACAUUCACUUCAACCAAAUUUAUCAAACAGUGUUGUACUUUUGUUGCUCUCAGCCAGAACUUACUCUGACAAAAGAGCCGUUCAGAUGCAUGACCUGUUCAGCCCUCCUGUCAGAAUAGUCUCACUCUUUUUUGGAGAUUUGAGUGUGACUGUAUUCUCACUUUUGACAGCUGAGUUAGAGAGGUCGCACAUUUUGGAAAAAUUAAAGAAGACAACAUACACAUUGUAGAUCCAUUGGAUGUUUGCCACAGUCUUUUAUAUCUUAUGUGGAGCAUCAAAAUAAAAAGUUGUAGCUCUCUUCAAACACACUACUCUGUGGACUGGUUCACUUUUUGCUUGUUUUUAUGUAUUUUGUCAAACAAAUAUUCUUCCCCUAUCUAGCUCCCCCUCCUUUUAUACUGUCUGCCACAUUUAUGUCAUAUCCAUGCAUUGUUUACACACAAAAAACAGUAUUUUACUGUGAUGAAUUUAAGUAGAGUCAUACGUCACUAAGAAGGAUAUUUUUGACCGACGCCAACAUGAUCUCACCCAUAAAGCCGUUGCAGAUAAUCUUCUUAAUGCACAGGUUAAACACUGCACCGAUGGCUCAGACUCACAGACUGAAGUUAAGUGCUUGUAGGCCCCUUGAUUAGAGAGAGAGAGAGAGAGAGAGAGAGAGAGAGAGAGAAAGAGAUGUGGGUUGAUGAAGGAAUACGAAGAGGGUUUAGCAUGCUGUCAUCCCGCUGUCAUUCCUCUGAACAGACAUCAAGCCAAGAAGAGGAGGUUUUAAGGACAAUAAACAGCUUAAAUUCAGUGAAAAAGGCAUCGCUGUGAUGUUGUCGGAUGUCAGACAGGAGCCACAUUAUCUCUACUGAAUGCCUGGAAGAAAGCAAACAGAGAAGGUGAUUGCUUUUUGUAAUCAGAUUUGUAUAUCUUUCACAUAAAUUAUGAAAUUAUUUUUGUUUUUAAUUAUUUAUCAGUCUUUGCAAACUAAAUCCUCCUCACCCUGUGUGUCCCUCUGUUUUCUUGACUGAUCUUAGCUGGGUACAAAUUAAAGCUGAAAUUGAUUUGCAGGUUCACUAAUUCAUAAUGAGUUUAAGACACUGGAAUGAGUUAUUGAUUAUCGACCUGCCUGCAUACAACUAACCUACAAGAACAUACAAUAAGAUGAAAGAGGGAGGGUGGAAACAUCGAUAUAAACUAGAAGUUUCUUACAAACCUUAAUAUCAGUUGAUCAAGCAUUAUAAUUUUGAAUGUUCACUCUCUGAUGUAUGCUGCAGCUCCUCCAGAUGCCUUAAACGUGGUCAUCUCCUCACAGCAGUAAUAAAUCACUCUUCCUCGGUGCAGAAGGUUUCAUUACUUGUCUCCCACAGGCACACGCACUUCUGCCCGAGCAUUAGGCCCCGUGACAGAAGCUGUGAAGCAGCGGGCUGGAACUCCGCUGAAUGGCUGAACAGCCUCAGAUGAAUAGAUGGUAAUUAAUACACAUAGCACCCAGGAGACAGCAGUACAAUCUCAGGGCAAAUUACCCUAUCAAUAAACUGGCCUACAGUGGGGGUAGGUGGAGGGCUGAACAUGUUCAGGUCGAGAAAGUUGCAGGUGUGUGACUGUGAACGUGGAGUGGUUUAUCUUUUUGAAACAAGCCCCUCACUCAGUCACGAAUCUGUUGGUAUGGUGCGUCAAAGGGGUGGCGUGGGAUGUCAUGGUCUCCACCGGAAAAUGAAUUCCCAGGAGCACUUGGGUCAGUCAGUCAGUGCAUGUAUUUAUCAAAAUACACAAAACAUUUAUAUAAACAUAAAUGGAAAUAUCAGUGUUGUGCAUUACGUAAUACAGAGCUACUAGUUAGCUCAUAGCAUAAGGGGGGGUUAGUGGAUCUUCACACCAUAAAAUGGCGGGUAGAUAAAGAAGAAGCUUUUCCAUGACCUACUCAGUUCUACUCGACUUGACUUGAUUCCACUUAGUUUUUUGGGUUUUUAAGGUGAUUGCACCUGGUAUCAGAUACUUUUUAGUACCUGCUUAUUUCCGGUUCCAAGCAAGCUGAGUCGAGCCGAAAAUGUGACGUACACAGAUAGCCGGCCACUGAUUGGUCAGAGAGUGAAAUCACUGGAUGAGUCAUGAGAGUGACUACUUUAUAAGAAUCAAACCCGCCAUUUUUUCAAACCUGGAGACAGCUGGUCAUUUUAGCUGACAACAGCUAACAAUAGCUGACAAUGGUAAGCAACAGCUAACAACGGGUAACUGUAGGCGUCCAUCUUGGUUUUCCGACUUGUCAACUCGGGUGAAAUGUCAUUCCCCGCUCAGACAUCCGACUUCUGAGGUAACUGGACACAGCUCUAGGUUGUGUUUGUGUUACAUGCAAUUGACAUCACAGGAACUGUGGGCCACCUCCACCCAGGUUAAGGUGGUAAUUAAUUGUAAUGGAGAACGACCAAAAGCCCCUGUUAAGACAGGGAAAUAGAAAGAGUAUACAUGUAAAGGUGAUUGACAGGAAUAGUUAUAAAAUAAAACCAGGAAAGGAAAGAUAAUGCAUCAGUUCAAACAAAAGGUAUCAGUGUCAUAAAGUGUGAAAUUUACAUAAAAACACAUGGAGCUCUGAAACCAGGGGGAAGAUAAAGUAGAACUUAAUAUUCAUGAUCAAACACUAUCAAAUGGAUUUUCCUUGCCUUUGGAGAAAUCCAAUAUCUCCAACCAAUUACUCCUCUCUCUACUUUGCCUCUCUCAUCUUCAUCUUCUCCUGAUCUGUUCUGUUUGCCUGUCCUGUAAGGAUGAAACAAGGCUGAGAUAUUUGGAAAAGCAGAUCAAUGGGGGGGUGUUGCCAAAUCUUUUUUCUUUUUCUCGGACCAUGCUAUUCCCCAUGUGAGAGCCAUUCACCAGCAAGCCCCCAAAUGACUCUGGCUUCUUUCACAAGCAUCUCUCUGGCGGUUACACCUCCCUGGAUGGGAAAAUGAGAGACACAUUAUCGCUCUGUUUGGACAUUUGAACAUUUAUCUGCCCGAGGGCACUGUUGGAGCAGAGCCCUCAGCAGGGCUCACACUCAUGAUCCGGUCAAAGACAUGUUUUGGUCUCUGAAUGAUCAAAGCCUGAGCGAGCUGCUUGAAGAGAUACAGAGAAACACAUGAGACCCACGGUGACGCCAUGGGAAGGAUAAAGGCUGUGGUCUGAAAUUCAAAGUGAAAGGCGAGCAGCUUGGAGACUUAUGACCGAACCCUUCUGGAUCCAGUGCUGCUCCUGUUCUAAUACAGGUUUUUUUCACCGUCAGCACAUCUGAGAGGGUGGAUAUUUAACACACAGGCAGACAACUGCACUGGAAGGCGAGCAGAUUGUCCUGUGAGGCUGUCUGAUAAAUGAGAGCUGCUAACUCUGUCCCAGUGGCUAACCUGCAACACGGCAGCUGCUUCUUUUGCCUACAAUGAUAUCCCUUUAGGUCUUUUAGCUAUGAUCAUUAAAUCAAAGCUAAUGACGCAACAGAAAUGCUGAACAGAUCAAAAUUACAAACGUUUAAGACUCUUUCAUAAGGGAGCCAAAUUUAUAUGGGUUUACUUCUAUGUAUGCGCAUAGUAUACAGUCUCUGAGGGGCGGGGUAUUGCUGGAUCAGCAGAGGGGCACUCGAACAUAGGUGUGCACAGAAUACUUUAAAACCUCUCAUCGAUCAAACAUGGUCGAGGCAUAUAGGCUUAACAUCCUCUCUGCUGUGAAACUAUAACACACACUUACACUUAAGUGCAAAUAACUCCUCACUUUAACUCAAGUCAAUGAGAAACAGAGCUGAACUUAAGCCUUUGCCUCCUACAUUAGAGAAUAAAAAUUCUGUAAACUGCAGAAAAUCCAAAGGGAAUUAACGGUUUCUACAUCCGUUUGGCAGCUUGGCAGACUCAUCCUUAUUUCUACAAGUGUACAUUCAUCAGCCAUGCCGAUCCACUUCCUUUUAAAAUCAUGAUAUAAUACUCCUGCUGCUUCAGUUCUUGUUCUAAGUCCAAGAACCCAGAGCUGUUGUUUAAGUCAAUGCAGUGUUCAUCCCAAAACAGCAUGAUACAAAUUUAAUGUUUAGACUUCAAGUUAAAGAUUCAGGUAAAAGUAUUUGCACAUAAAUAGGGGAGAGUGGGGUAGGAUGAGCCAUUUUUCAUAUUUCGGAUCAUUACAUCAAGGCAAUCAUAGUUUUGUCUCUAACUAGUUUAUCUGCAUAUAUUUCAAGAUGUUGUUCAUCCCUGCAAACCAACAGAAUGAGUGCAAACGUAACUGUCUUGAUAAUAUAGCAUGCCAAAAAAAGUGGUCUCCUAUGGUCAACUUACCCUGUGUAUGGUGUACAACUCUGUGUUCCAGUGACAAUUAUAUAUAUAUAUAUAUAUAUAUAUAUAUAUAUUCAUUUUUGUGAAAAAAAACAAAAAACAAUCAUGUAGGACUCAGGUGUUUUUUAUUGUGUUACAGUUUUCAUCGUGCAGAACCACAAAAGUACCACAUCUGAUGCUUCUGUUUUUGACUUUCCAUUUCUGAACCACUUCAGUAGAGGACAUGUAUAAUAAAUAGUGUUGGUGUGGCUUUCCUGCUAAAGCUUCAUCUGUCAUGAGUGGGCUGUCAAAACUGACACGGGAAAAGGACAAAAGCAUUUGUUUUUGUUGCAGACAUCCAUCAGUAUACCAUGUUUUGGCAGCAGAUUACUUAAAGAAAUAUAAUAUCGUUGUUAUACCGUUGGUAUGUUACCAUAUCUUUUGAAAAUCCAGUGUUUGUAAAAAUACUGACAUUUUACAUUUUAGGGGUUCAAACUGUCUAUUUCUUGUUUCUAACCCUCUUCUGCAGUGAAGUAAUGCUGAACCUUAUUCCUGUUUACUACCAUCAGAGGACUGACUCCAAACAAUAUUGGUUGUAGUUGGAUGCCAAUUAUGGUGUGUGUUUUUGACACAGACACCUUGUGUUCAAGGUCAGCUGAGAACUUCAUAUCACUGAGUAACAAAGAUGUAACAACUCCUUGCAUUUAUUUUACAAGGACUACGCAGCUUUGUGUUUGUUACCUUGACCAAAUGAGGCGUGGAGAGUGUCUUUAGUUUCUUUGUUGUUGUCUGCAGUUUUGGUUUGAUAGUGUGUGUAAUGAAACAUAGAUCUGCUCCAUUUUGUUUGUAUGAGUUGGAGGCUUGUUUUUUGUACUCAUGUUCAACAGAUGUUUGCUUUAUUUUGUGGAACAAAUUACUUUACUAAAUUGUCUGCUUCUUGCUUCUUUCUGUCUUUUAUAUUGCUGCAUCCUUCAUCCCCUAUUUUUGUGGGUAAAAUAUCUAUUUUCACAUCGACCUUUAAUCCUAACACGAUGUAAUUUUCAGACUGCAUACCUUGAGCCAACCAAGCCUCUGUUCCCCAUGUGGACUAUACGGUUAAUGUUUCUUUUAUGCUCCAGCAAACUUCUCAAUAAGGGAUGCAUAGAGCAGCUCCCACUGGGUGCUGGACGGUCAAUGUGUCCUCGGUGCACAGGCCCAAUUAUGUAAGGACAAAAAGAGAGCAGGAAGCUCAAUAGAUCUCCCCUGUGCCUCAACUUGGUACUUAUAUGCCUGCGAGGAAUGUUUGCCAUCCUUAUUUGGUACAAUGUGUCCACAGUCCUUGAAAUAUUCUUCAAGACUUUGGAUCAAACAUAGCCAAGUUUCACUUUUAAACUUUUUUUUCUACCUCAAGAGCACUGAGGACACGAUUGAAGGAGCUUGGUUUACUUAUUGACACUGAAACUGCAGGCCCAUUGAGAUAAUUAAAGACUUAAUUUAGGGGAAUUAAUCUACUGGAAUCAAAUUGAACUUUUGCCACAGAUGAUGAACUGUAACUAGUAGUGAAGACGUGUCCUCAGGACUAAUAAGCACUGAUGAAUCAUUGGGUCAAAGUGUGCUUUUUGGCUGAUUAAAUCUGCAGACAUGCUUAGUGUAAGCAAAGACAAGUCCAAAUACACAUGACGAUGAAGAGAAGAGAAGAGAAAAUAAAAUAAAAGAAAAUAAGAUAAGGCUUUAUUGUCAUUGUAGUCAAACAAUAAAAAAUAUUUUUAGUAGCUCCCAGAGAUAAUCAGCAUUAAGAAACUAUCAAUAGUAUUAAAGAUAAUCAAUUAUUAAUAUUUUGAUAGACUUUAGAAAAAAACACAAGGGAAACUCUGGACCAGUAUAUUUAAAUAUAAGUGAGAUAAACCUAGGAUCUGAUGGUGUUUUGUGUGUGUUGAAUGUGUUUUGUUUAGUGUAAUGAGGCAGCUUUGGGGUGGCAGUAACUCAGGAGGUAGAGCGGUCGUCCAAAUCCAGGAGGUUGGUGGUUCGAUUCCCUCUAUCCCGAGUUUGUCCAUUGUGUCCUUGGGCAAGACACUUAACCCACCUUGCUCCCAGUGUGUGUCCUCCACUGGUGUAUGAUUGUGCCACGUGUCUGUCAGUCUGCCCCAGGACAGCUGUGACUGCUGAGGUAGUUUUCAGAUUCAGAUUCAGACUUUUAUUGUCAUUGUACGAGGCAUACAACGAAAUUAAAACAGCUCGAAGUGGUGUUUUCCUAAGAAAGCGGAGUAAAAAAAAAAAAAAAUCAAACAUGAAAUAAAAUAGUACAAAAUAAAAUAGAAUAGACUAUGUACAAAAUGUACAUUGUACAUUUACCACCACCAAGGUGUGACUGUGUGAGCAAAUAAUUGAUGUAUCCAGUGUAAAGCGCUUUGAGGGUCACUGAUAAAGUGCUAUAUGAAAUCUGUUGAAUUAUUAUUAUUAUUAUUAUUAUGACUGUGUGGGGGUAUUUCAGAUAUUUCUGUCGACACCAAAAUUUGAGUCAUGUAGCCACACUGAAUAAUGAUACUGAUAAAGCUAAGCAUAAGCUGAAAGAAUGUCUCAUCCUUAUUUAGUCAUUUAUUCAUUCAGUCAGUCUAGUGUCAUCAUUCAUUCACUUCAGUUCCUCUCUUAUCUCCGUCCCGCUGGUGGUCGGCUGGUUUUUGGUGUUCGCUCUUUAGAGAACAAAACAGAUUCAGUCUCAACCUCCAUUCACCAAUCAUCCUGCUUCAAAAAAAAAAAGAAAAGAAAAAGAUUAAAUCUGUUCUCCUCAGUCCCCCUUCAUGUUGACCUUUUCAGUCUAAGUGUUUUAAUCCUCCUCUCAUCAGCGUCUAGCUCUGGUUCCUCAGCUCACCCUGUGUCCUUCCUUCACCACCAGCGAAGACUCGAUGGGGGGUCCCCUACCCCGCUCUCAGCCUCACUACUCCUUCAAGUUUAGAGUACAGUAUGAUGGAAAACACCAAGGACACUGCACAGUUCUCUUUCUUUCUAAAUUUGUAAUGUAAAUAGUUAUAAUAAUCAGAAUUAAGUUUCUCCUACAGGAAAUGUUUUGUGUGUUAAGUUCCAACAUCAGUUUUUGUACAUUUUGUCAAGAGAUGUCAAUUCAAAGGCCUUGUCUUGGUCAAUUCAUUCACAGAGAGGGUAGCAUAGCUUUUCAAAGUGAUCACUGAUAGGUAAAGAGAUGUUUUAUUCAUCUGGGCCACGUCCCAACAAAGGUGUGAGUCACAAACAUCUCGACAAAUCUGUUUAUCAACACUUCCUCUCCCUCCCACAUAAAGGUGGCCUGCAACCACCUCACCCUGAUGAAACUCAAUCAUCUUUACAUCUGUUUAUCUGCUGCCUGUUAGAGAACUCUGGAUCCUGUGAACAGGUGAAUUUUCUCUGACAGCUUUACUGCCACAGUGUAAGAUUGAUAUUCAGGCGACACAACAACUGAAGGAAGAUGAACCAAAAAGCAACAGUACGAUCACAUGUGUGUCUGGAGUUUGACAGAGAAGGUGUGUUGGAUGGUUAGCUCAUGGACAUGAAAUAUGUCAGCCUCUCUGUAAACACCAUGACAGUUAGUCUGACAGAUUUCAUUUGUAGAGUGGAGCUGCCUGAAAAGUACAGUGGCGCUCUCUGGUGGUCAAUCAUAAAACAGUGUUCACAUUAAGAUAAGAUAAGACGUACCUUUAUCGUUCUACUCUAAUAAAAAUUGGCAAAUCCUCUCCAAAUAACAUAUUUCUCUCUUAGUUGUAAAUUGUUUCUGGCAGAAGGAACAACCUCUGUAACUUUUUAAGGUUGCUGCCUAAUUGCUCAAUAUCUCUUUAAUUGAUAAAACUGAACUUCUCCAAUUUGAAGAGUUUUCCAAUAUGGCUCACGACUGUCUGUUUCAAAACUUGGCACUCUGUCACUUUCCUCUUCCCCUCUCAGUCCUCUCUUGGGAUUUGACAGCCAUAUGGUGCAUGUUGGUGUCAGCCCUGCCUCAGCGGACCCCUCUGACUGACUGACACUUUUUUUUUUUUUUUCUUUCUCUGGCACCUGUGCUCAGCUGUCACACAGCUCAGUGUGACUCUGCUGUCAUCUCUGCAGAGGAACAACGGGACUGUGUGACAAAGGUUCCUCCGACUCUGCCCAGGGGACCCCAAAUGUCGAGGCAGGUAGGUUCUUCAUUCAUCUGGGGUCAGAAUUUAAGCUUCAGCAUUGAAGAUGCUAACAGCAGGUAAAAUUAGGGAUGUAAUGGUAAUGGUAAUGGUAUCACCAGCUCUUUUCUUCUUGAGUAUUUGUAUGCAGAGUGUUUCCAUCUGUCCCUCCAGUGCUUUUGCUUUGUCUAUUUAUAGGGCUGCUAGGACUUAGCGUAGUGUCUGAGUACAAAUGUCAUGUAAGACAUAAAGGCCUCACAGCAUUCAUCUGUUAAUGUGAAGGUCGAGAAACAUUCACAAAACAGACAAGUUGACCUUUCACUUGUAUUCUUUUGUGAGGCCAAAAUGAAAAAAUGACAACUUCUUUCUGUCGUUUAAGGUGAAGGGUACUGAUAAGAAUAAAUGCGAUGACAUUUUGAACCACUUUGUUUCUGUAACAGCUGACGAGCCAAGCAUUUCUAAAAAUAACAAUCCUACGGCUGCUCAGGCCUCUAACAAAAGACGUGUUCAUAUGAAAAGCUUUGUGUAAUAUUCACAUUUCUUAUCCAGCUGAGUCAUUACAAAUAAUCUCAGAUUUGAGUUCAUCUUCUUCCCUCUCUCUAUCUCAGGGAAGGGAUGGAAGAAAGCUAUGAGACAUUCGAGGAGGAGUUAUGGCCACCAAGGGCAGAUCCUCCUCCUCCACAGAAGCCUGUUCGACAGACCCGCAGACCAGGUGGCCACACACACUCACACACACAUUAAAUCUGUAAUGACUGCACACAAAAGCCUUAAACUUUUGUACAUAUAUUGUACAACUCUAUAAAUACCUGGGAGAAGCAGCACAGAGGGCAGAAACAUGACUCCUGGUUAAAGGCAGCACAGUGAUAAUGCAGCUCAGUCACGCUGACUGGAUGGUUGUGGGUGUAAUCAGUGUCAAUCCCUUUAAAAAUACAAAAUCCUCCUCUCUUUACAACUCAAAAAGGCUCAAGGGUCCUGAGGGGACAUGCUUCUACAUGUUUUAUAUUUACUUUGAUUCCCCUGAGAAUGAGUUAUUUUUGAACGGUCUUUAAGAUUUUUGUCUUUAGGCCAGGAAACUACACCUCAUAUCUCCAGAGUUGCAAAAGCACCAAACAAAAUAACCUACUGUAGGCUAUCAGGUGCAGCUUGGCAAGCCAUGCUCUGGCUUAUCAUAGUGACCGGUCUCUUUCUGUUUCCUAGAUCACCAAAAAAUGAUCCUGUUAUCACAAGAAAACGAGAUUUGUCAUGUUAGAGAUAAUAUGUAUUAGCUGGUGGUCAUAUGGAAUAGAGCCUGGACAGGGUGAGACAAAAACCUGACACAAAGCUGAGAGGUCUGAUCCAGUAUGGAGGGGGACUGUGUUUAGUUUAACCACUGGCUAUCUGUAGAUUAUCCUGCUUAUUACCCGGAUAACAACCUAAGACACAAACAAGUUGAUUAAAAGAUGUUUUUCCUGAGUUAUCAAGGAUUUAUGUGCACAACAUUAAAAAAAACAGUCCUGGUUCCACCAUAAGUAACGCUUCCAUGGCAACAGAUUCUGCUGUUGUGGGUCAUUUUAACCUUCCAUGAAACAUUUUGAUCCACAGUUGGUCACAGUUAGUCAGAAUUACACUGUAGACGGAGUGAGCAGGACCCCUGCUGUGAGUCACAGUCCUGCCCACUCUGUCAAGAUUUACUAUCCCUUACAUGAGGAGGUGAACUGAUAUGUUACGAUCAGAAAACCAGCUUUGUUGUCCUGAGAUUAAAACAAAAUAAAUCAAAUUCUCCAUAAAACGAAUGACAUUAGCUUAUCACAGGGAAACCUGUACUGUUCUCUCAAAACAGGAAAAGAAAAUAAACUAAAAAAAAAUGCAAACAUACGCCCACCGAGGGUGACAGCAACAAAAAAAAUAAAAAAAUAAAAAAACAUUUAAGAGGACUUAUUUAUAACAUCGCUUUUUGGUUGAGACUUCCAUCAUGUUUAAAGUUGCUAUCAUGGUCUACUGAGGACAACUCAUACUUGUAUUGAUGAUCUAUUAUGAAUUUCUCAGUCAGUUUAUCACUCAAUGCUUCCAGAUUAAUCUAGAAAAAUAUGAAAACUGAAAAAGAAUAAUUUUGGGGGAAAUAUAUGUGAGCAGAAAAUUCAAGAACUCACUGUGCUUUUAAUCAGCUAUUACUGAACUUAAACCAUGAUGUUGGCUUGAUAAUGCAACUGUUAGCUAAUAAAUAUUAAGUAUUGGAAGGAAAUGUACAUCAGGCAGUUAUGUUCCCUGAGAAGUGAUUGAAUCUUAUCAUCAUGUCAUCACUUACUGUUGGUCUUAUCGCGUAGGUCCAACAUUCCUGUGUAUAUCAGGGACUUAACAGAUACUGCAAUCAUCAGCCAACAGAAUUAUCUGAAUAUUUAGUUACAUUAAAUAUAUGUGUAUAAAUAAAUUCCAGACUGAGGCCAUGUCAUUUGUUGUUAAUGAUUUAAAAUAGUAAAUUUCCAUCUGUCUCUUUCAGAAAUGUACUCUACAAGGAAAAUAAGAGAGGUUGGUCACCAAAACACCAUAAACAACUGUUCAAUGUGUUGAAACCCUAAAAUACCAGCAGAUUUUCUUUCAAGUAAGAUGUUGUUCUCCAUCAGGAAAUGGCACAACAGCAUCCAAGAGCAGAACCCAAGACUCUACCAAGAGAACUUAGCAUACCCAAAAUAAGUGAGUCAUCCCUUUCAAUCCAUUUCAGCCUUUAUCAACAUUGCUCGACUACAACUCGAGUUUUCCUCUCUCUUCUUUUUCUUUAGCAACCUUGCCAAAAGAUUUACCCAUCCAGAACCUGACCCAGAUCGAAACACCAUGGGAGAAUGUCACCCUCAACCGCUGUCUAUUUGUGGCCAUUACCAUCCUGGUCCUUACCUCAGGCUUUCAAAAGCUUCAUGGUAAGUAAUCAAAAAAAAAAGUAGCACCAAAGAUACAAAGCCUCCCUUUUUAUUGUGGCUAAGAGCUUCUUUUAACCAAACAGAAACUAUGAGAGGUCAUGGGCCAGCAGAGGAGGAGGAAACCGAACUGGUAGUGAGACGGCUUGGAGCAUUACGACACAGAGGACAACCUCCAGAGGUAAAGAGACUCACUUAUUGACUAGAUUUUUAUACUCAGUCACACUCAGAUCAUAUCCUCAUGUUAUGAUCCUCUUCCAGCCUGAGACAUCGCUAUGGGAGGUCAUGUUCUGGUGGCUGCCAGACCUUGACGACGAUGAUGAAGACGAUGAGGAGGAAGAAGAUUAUGACGACAAUGGAGAAGUCAAAAAAGGAAAGUCAAAGACAAAAGCACCAGCAUCCAAAAGUCUCAGAAACAAGCCGCUACCAGACAAAAAACUCAUGAAGCAAAGAGAGGGGAAAUUAAAGGGCAGGAGAGCAAAGAAGAGCAGAGAUGAAGACACCAAAGACAAGGACAAAGAUCAAACUGAGGAGCCUGAUGAGGAGCCAGAUGAUGAUGAGGCAGAGGAAGGAGAGGAGGAAGAAGUGCCAAAGCAGACUAAAAAGUCAGUGGAAAAGAAAAAUAAGAAGAAAACUCAAAAAGGAUGAGUUCAUUCUUUGAGCGUGACUGACUGUCAUUUUCUUAGUAUGUUUACCUUGAUUUUAUUUAAGCACAGCCAUUGAAGGUGGUCAAACUUCGAAACUUUUAAUAACACCCUCAAAGUAUGUAAUAGUAUCUCACUAGAAAGCACUAAACUUAGUGAACUGAAUAUCAUGAUUAAACAGUUUUCAAUUGAUCUACAAA